AUGUCGUCCCUUGAGAAGAUGAAGAUUUCAGGGAUUCGUAGCUAUUCCCACACUGAACCUACUGUUAUUGAGUUCCACAAACCACUGACACUAAUUGUUGGACCAAAUGGAGCAGGAAAGACGGUAAGCAAUUAAAUUAGAUAUUCUGGAAAUGGCGUUUGGUAAUGUUUUUCUUUUGUCUUGCAAAUGCUCGACUGUGUGAUAAAAUUGACUACACUUAAAGACCAAAGUCAUGAUACAUGCACAGGAGACCCAAGGUUACUUGCGCUCUUGCCUACUAAAUUUUGCAAUGUGUCCCAGUAAAGUGUGUGUGAAUACAUCUGACUUACUGGAGUGUAGCUGAGCACAGAACGUGUUAGUAAAAAUUAAUUAAUAAUAAGAGGCAGCAUGGCUGAGUGGUCAGAGCACUGGACUUGCAAUUCGGAGGCUCUGAGUUCAAGUCCCACUCUGAGUGCUAGCUGAAUUAUGUGAUGGAAGUCCAGAGUUCAAAUCCUCCGCCAUGCUUGUACAUGUAAAUAGCAAGCUGGUUUGCCUCUGGCCAGUUGGUAUUCUUAACCCUGUUAAGAAACUACACGGUAAGCAUAUUUACUAGGUAAAUAAAGUGUCUAUAGAUGUCUAUAGCCACUAUCAUUACUGUCAUGUGUUUGAAUGGUGCUUUACAUGUAAUUUCGUACGAAUAACAUUUAUUAUGUUACACUCUCUAUAAACAGUCAGUUAUAGAAUGUCUGAAUUACAUGGCAACUGGUGACAUGCCUCCUGGUAGCAAACAAAAUCUCUUUGUACAUGAUCCAAAGGUAAGCAAAAAACAUCCCAUUGAAGAGGUUGCAAAUGUAUGAAAGGAAGAUUAAACAGAUUUAGGCCCAGUUGAGCCCCUGUUGGGGUAAAAUUAUGACAAGCAUCAUGGCCUUAAAACUGCGACAUAACACUGCAUGAAAUGGCAACAAACUGCAUAAAGAUGGGUUGAAUACCAACGGGGACAUGGCGUACUCCUCAAAAUGUGGAACAACCGUAUUUGAGAUUCAGACUAGGAAAUAGUAUUAUUACGCUCCUGCCCCCACCCCCCCCCCCCCCUAGCCCCUAAGAGGGCCUGGCAGUUGGACAAAAAUAAUAUUUAUUGUGGGGAAACUGGAGAAUAGGCAGGGUUUUCAGUAAGGUUUUAUUAGUAGGAGGCAAGAGAUAGUAGGCGGAGAAGAAAAAAGUUGCAAGUUACAAGCGCCGAAGGCCCAAGUUACUAGGGGGGUCUAGGCACAUGCUCCCCAGAAAAAAGAUGACAUCUAGGCCCCUUAUAAUGCAUUUCCAUCAUCCUCGAACAAAAAUUAGAGUGUCUGAACGGAACACAGACAUAAUUAAAUUUUGGCUUUUUUAUUCAGUGACAGCACAUGAAUACGUUGUAGUUCAAUUUUUUUCUGGUUUAAAAAAUUUUUUCCAAAGAAAAGAAGGCAGUCUGUUCACCUGAAAUAACUGGUGAAUUUUGAGUCCCUGGCAGCUACCCUGAUAGGUGGUUGAGUACAUGUAUGUAUUUCAGUCUUCAUGAUAAGUUCAGAACAAAAAUAGUUAAAGUAUAUACAGCUGUACAUUGCUGAUCAAAGUGAAAUGCAGAUUUCUGUGGCCAAGCCUACAAUGUGUUUUUUUGUAUCUCAAUGACAUUUGAACCAAGUCAGUGUCCGGUAGUCAUUAUGGUAACAGUGUUCUUACAUAACAUGAUAAUUUAGAUUGCUGGUGAAAUGGAAGUGAGAGGUCAAAUUAAACUGAAAUUUAGGGAUGUUACUGGAAAUCCUAUGGUUGUAACUAGAACCCUGGUGUCCGAGCAGAAGGUAAAAAAUUUUGAAUUAAUUUGUGUAAUGCUAACUUAAUCCUUCAAGCCCCACUAUCCACUUACAAGAUUUUCAAUUUACUGAUCUCCAUGCAUUUCUUAGAAGAAUUAGUUGAGAGAAAUUGAUAAAAGAUCAAAGCAUAUUUCCCUUCAUUUUUUUGAUCUUGUGUAAUUUUUGCACCCCUUGGUAGGCACUAUUGGCCGAUAUGUCGGUUGACUUGUCGGUAGAGCCAACUUGCAGCGAUCUGUGUGUUGGUGUUUUGCCCAAUAUAGCACAGUCUGGGGGUUUGAAAAUAGUUUCUGUUGUUGUGUCAACCCAGGUCAACCUGGCAGCGUCAACUUGUUGGAUUUCUGCCGUGAUUCUAUGCGUGUUAUACCUUUACAUUGUCCUGGAAAACCUCAUAAUUAGGUGAUGCCAUAGUGGUCCCUAUUUUUUCCAAAAAAAUCGCACACACUUGAAAUUAUACUCUCACAUUAGACUGGUAAAAGCGGCCAAAGCCCCAUAAAAAUUGCUGCAUGGAUAACAUAACAAAAAUUUGAGUAGACGAAAAAUACACUGUUGACUUGUGACGUAUCAGUGGAAUGUCAGUAGCCCAUUGUUCGAUAUGUUGGCUGACUGUCAAUCAACUUACCGACCAACACUAUUGGCCGAUCUGUCAGUCGAUAAGUCGGCCAACUCUCGGUCAACUGUUGCUCGACGUAUUGGCCCACAUGUCGACCUACCGUACAUUGUACAGUCGGCCAACCGAUGUCGGCAGAGAGGUAGACUGGGAGUUGGCCAAUAAUUAUGUUGACUGAUGUGGCGACCAAGAGUUGGCCAACAUGUCGACUGAUACUCGACCAAGGGGUGCCCAGACUAGGUGUGAGGGGAUAAUAAACAAAAGCAAUCUUAACCUUUUAAGCCCUAAGAGUGAUCAGCGUCAAAUUUCUCCUUGUAAUAUCACUGCUUUAUAAAACAGAGUGUUCAUGAGAUUUAAGGACAUGAUCACACAAAAUGAAUGUAAUUGAUACUUCAACAAAUUCUCCCCACUACUUCUAUUGAAAACGUAUAGGGAUCACAAAUGAGAAUCUGAAUUUUGAUGUUAGGGUUAAAUGAGGAAUGCCAAAAUCACAGUAAGUGAGUUACAGUUAGGUCAGACUCAACAGAAAACUCGGCGAAGAUCAAAAACUAGAAAGUGCAAGAAUAUGAAAAAAAAAAUUCAUUUCGAAAACAAAAAAAUAUAUAUACAUUAUGUAUAGGUAUAUUAAAUAUACCUAUAUAUAAUGUAUAUAUUUUUGAUUGAAUACAUAUAGAUAUACAUUAUACAUACAUGAAAUAUAUUAUAGAAUUGCUUUAGACAGGCCACAUUUAAAUCAUUAAUGAAGGCAGUGUCUUUGCUUUCUCCAAGAAAUUUAACUGCAGCAUAAAGCAAAUAUGUAUUUUAACAAAAUAAUAUUGCUUUACAAUGUGACAGGGAAAGAAGGUCGUCACAAAAACCUUGGAAAGUAGUGUUGUGCGUGAAGUUCAUGGAGAGGUAUGAUUACAAUUCUCAUAGUUAACUUAGCAGCAAUAGUUGAGCACAUGUGGUGCAUGCCAAUAAGGCUUGUGGACUGAACUGUACAUUCUGAGCAUCUACUGAGAGUAAUGUGCCUUGUGAGGCCUGAGCAAACCACCUACUUGCACAGAGUGUUGCCUCAUUCUCUUUAAAAAUCUGGUGAAAGAAACAAUACUUAUGUAAUGUAUCUUAUACUUAGGGAGGGAUGGAUAGCGAACACAAACUGUGAAGCAAAAUGCUAACAAACUGUGGCAGUCAAGGAAAACUUUAAUGACUGUGCAUUGGCAGGAGAGCUGCAAUCUACAUGUCCCCCAACAAAAACACCUGACCACCCCACUUUGCAGAAAUAACAGACCAGUAAUAUCUUGUGGUUGACCACACUUAAAUUCAAGUCAUCCAGAAGUCUCCCUGUGCUCAAUUAUUUGGGGAAGGGGAGAAAUUUGUUGUGAUGUAACAGCGGGGUUGCCACGGUCAGGGAAAAGUCAGUGAAAAACAAAUUUUUCAAGGUCAGGGAAAAGUCAGGGAAAAUCUUUGAUAUCAUCAAAGUCAGUGAAAGGUCAGGGAAUUCUGUUUUCUGGUUUAUAGUUCAUAAGUUUUCUUCAAGUCUUUGAAAUGCAUUUUCUUUCAGAAAAGAUGAAAAGUAUGCUGUAGGGCAAGCAAAAGCUAUCAAUUCGACACUCUAUGCCUGACCCAUUGUAGUAGUUGUGGUCAGUGGUUUUAGUUGUGAAUGCUUUCUUUCAAUUCCUUCUCCCUCUUUCCGUGAAAGGAGGAAAGAGACUGAAAAUGAAGAGAAAAAUAUCGGUGGCCUGCAAAAAAAGCUAAAGUGAAUGUAAACAUUGAUUGUUUCUGAUUAAUAAAAGGUCAGUGAAAACUGUUUAAAGGUCAGUGAAAAGUCAAGGAAAGGUCAGGGAAUUUGUAACUUUCUGAUGAGUGGCAACCCUGAACAGUAUCAUGACUUGAAGUCAGUGGGUGCAGAAGGGGAGCCAUACCCAGCGUCAAAGCUUACAUGUAUAGGCUUCUUACAUUUUCUUUUAUCUUUCAUUAGCGGCGAAGUUUAAGCUCAACAUGUGCUGACAUCAAUAGGGAGGUAAGGAUCACCUUGCAUACAAAACGAUGUUUACACUUACUAGCAACACAAUAGACCUUUUUACCGAUAUGGCGGCCGUAUUGAAUUAAUUGCAUUUAAGGAGUAUUAUGGGAUGCCCAGGGGGCAGGAGCACGAUCUGAUAUACUUGCAUUAGUAUUAACGGGCUUUGUGGGUCAAUUUUUUUUCAAGUUUUCCUACAAAAAGAUUGUUAUGGAAAAAAAAGAUCGUUCCGUGUUUGGAUGCAAUAAUGAUUGCUUUUUACCUGAGAAAUAUAUGUUGUGGUUCAAUUUUAUCCUUGGUUUAAAUUUUAUCUUCUUUUGUUUCAAACUCAUUAUCAUACAUUACCAUACCCAAAAACAAAAGAAAAUAAAAUUUAAGCCAAGGAUAAAAUUGAACCACAACAUAUACAUUGAAGUUCCCUUUUUGUCCAAAAAGCGUUCGUAAAUACUGAGCAAGUGCACCCUGGGCAUCCUAUAAUAGUCCUCAAAUUUAAUAAAUUCAAUAUGGCUGCCGUAUCGGUAAAAAGGUCUAUUGCUUACCAGCAAGUGGUGAAAAUAUGAAAUUCUUUUUAAAUCAAUAUCUUACUUGUAUCCAUUUCAGUGAACUGUUCAAGUGACAGUACCAUGGUGACUUUUGAUUGAGAUAGUCAAUAAUGUUUUUAAGCAUUUUGAUCCUCCUGAGAAAAUGACUAAAGUGAAUCCUCAUGCAUUCUACUUUUACCCAAUAGUGUAAAGUCUUAAUGUACCGUAGCAGAAUUUGAAUUUGAAUAUUAUAGAUGUACAUGGAUACAAGAUUAGAGAAUUAAAAUUGACAGUACAUUAGUUCCUAUGAGCUCAGAGUCUAUUGCAUUAAAGUGAAGUACCAAUGGACCAUCACAUUUUGUAAGUCCAGUCUUAGUGACUGCAAGUUUAUUCUUUUGUAUAGAUGAUUUCAUCCCUUGGAGUAUCAAAGGCAGUGCUGGAUAAUGUGAUUUUCUGCCAUCAAGAAGAGUCUAACUGGUAAGUGUGCGACGGAGAAAAACCAAAAACACUCAGUGCAUGUGUUACAGGUUAAAAAAUUUUAACCUAAAUUUGAUUUUAACAUGUAAUACAUGCAUGGACCCAUGUAAAAGACACAAUGAGAAUAAUGUUAUUUGACUUCACCCACUUAGUGCCAUGCAGGUGUUGUUGGAUUAUCAACUGAUAAUUGCAUUGCCACUGGCAUAUAUUAUGGCAAAAAGGUGUGUGUUUGUAUCCAUGGCCUACAAACUGGUUUUUGUGCACGGAUCAAUUGAAUCAAGGCCAUGAUAAACUGAAUUCAAAUGCAUUUGUCAGUUACAAAUUAUCAUAAAAUUAUGCCUGUAGUAUUAGUUUUGCAUGAAGAAUAAUUGGCUGUUUUUAUUGGUUAUUUAUUUAAGGCCACUUAGUGAGGGGAGAGUACUGAAACAAAAAUUUGAUGAAAUAUUUGCAGCCACAAGGUACAGUAUUUAAUUUUUUCCUGUAUGCAUGGAAAAUACUACCACUAAGUUACUAAGUUACGUUACUAACUUUAUCUGCCUCAGAGACAUGUGGUCAAGUUAACAGUCAAGCAGGAAUUAAAAAAAAAAAACUUGAAUUCCUGGUUGUCCUUUAACAUUAUUAAUUUUUUGCUUGCCUGGGAUACACUGCAGAUGCAUGCUUGACACCCUAUGAUUAUGUUCGAAGUUACAAGGGUCUCUUUUUUGUCUCCAUGAAGUACAGUUCUUACAGUAUAGGUUUUUUGCUUUGGUGUUAAAUAACCUUUGUUAUGGCAUUGUGUAAAUUUCAUAGAAACAUGUACAUGUACACAACAGCCAAAGGUCUCAUGCAUGGAAAUGAUUAGGAACAGAAAGUUCAUGCAACAGCAUGCUCUCUCCCUUUCCUUGACAGGUACAUAAAGGCACUGGAAGCCAUUCGAAAGUUUAGAAUGGAACAGGUUGGUCUUAAUGUUCUGCAGCUGUACAUUUACUAGUGUCACUGAAUGGUUUAUACAAGCAAGGGCACCCAUUAAGUAGAAAAACAACUGAUUCUUAGUCUCCUGUUUUUUAUCAAUUUCAUGUGUUGAGAUUUUUAAGGUGAAUGUCUGAAUUAAAGAUGGUUGAACACUGCUUGUGGUGUGUAUCUGCCAUUUCUAUAUUUCCCAAGACCUUUAGUGUUAUGCUAGAUUUUUCUGUAUAUUGGGUGUCUGAAGUGGGUAGGGAUUAAAAUGGAGGUACACCUGUAAGAACAAGUAUACCGUAACUUGCACUGCCUGACACUCUUUUUGAGCUUAACAGAUUACCAUUUGGACUUGAGUGUACACCGUCAACAUUUCAGCAACUUGCCGGUUUUUCAUAUACUGCUGACUUGCUGUAUGUGCGGUAUGAUUAUCAUUACUGCCUGAGAUUAUUGUUCCCAUAUGCGGACAAAAGGCACCAGCUACAUUGGCUAUCCCAGUCUUUACUGCUGGCAUGCUUGUAAGGUUGACUGGAGCUUGACUUUGCAGGCAUCACGGGGCCAACAACAGCCAUCUCUGAUGGCUGUUGUUGCCAAUGAUGCAUGUUCUCAUGUCUAAAUAGUGUCCCAGGCAAUAUUGAUAGCUAUGUCACAGGUACAUGUAGGCCGGCAGUGAUUGAAAACUAGGCUUUUAGCUCUGACAAUAGAUGGAAGUUGAAUAGUAACUUACAUGUAUUGAAUGACAUCAAAUUUAUUUUGCAGGUGCAGACUGUUAAGGAGUACUCUAUUGAAUUAAGCCAUCUGAGGGCAAACAAAGUGAAGGCAGAAGAAGUACAAAUUCUUAAUUUUGUCAUUAUUCCUCUAAAAAUGUUUUUUGUCAUAAGCCUGAGAAUGUUGCAUAACUUAUGUACACAUACAUGUAUUAAAUAAAUUUUAUGAAUAAAUUAACCCAUCGUUAAUGCUGCUUACAGGUGGGUAAUGGUUGGCCUAAAUAAAUUUGUUUUAGUGCCAUUGAAUGUACUCACAAAGCAACUUGUAAAAUUACUUCCAUCCUUUUUGCUAAUAAUGUGCAGUGAGCAGACAUUGUGAAAUUGAAAUAAAACAGAGCUUCUCAAAACUUUUUUUUUUACUUUUUUACAUUCAUAACCUCUCAGUGGAUACUUUUUACCAGUGGUUUGAGUCCUUGCAAAAUCGUUGAAAAUUACAUCUUUUUUCUUUGGGGAAUACUGUGCCUGCUAAUCUCUUCGGGUUAGCAUUAAUGGGAAUUUAGCCAAGAUAGACUAGAAAUGCUUCCCUCAUGGUUAUUGUAUGCCAAAAUCCUUUUCCAGUGUAAUAUACAUCUUGUGAAUAUACGUCUCAUUUUUUGAUCUUACAUUACUCACUCAGGCUUAUUGCCUGUGCCAGCAUUUGUUGUAUGAUGUAAUGGGCAUGGGUUUACAAAAAAAUGGUUGCAGUUCAAUAAUAAAUUAUGAUGCCUGAUUUUACUGGAAAUUUUUUUGGGAAUUUUGUCAGAUAGCAGAUGAACUGACGCAAACCCAGGGAAAGGUUGAGGCAACAAAGGAUACAGUACGGGAACUGAAUGAAAAACUUGAGCCAGUAGAGGUAGGGCUAUCCUGGUGUUAUUUAGUCUGUUGGGUGUUUACACUUCAAGAAACAUUCUUGCUCUUAGUUGUAUUCAGAACAAGAUUCAUGUAACAUGUCAGCCAUGUCAUGAGCAGGACAACAAAGGGGGUAGUACAGAAAAGAACAAAUUGGUCAAAUGAAAAGGGAAAUUAAUUUUUGGACUGACUGUUCUGACCAGUUAGAGUCAACCACUCUAAAGGUUGUCCCAAAUAUUUGAGUCAGAUGAAAUCAAAAUGGUCCUUUCCAUUUGAAUUCCAACUGGAAAUUGUGGUGCAAUGGAAACUUCACGCAGGGUAGUUGAAAGGUGGUUAUCCCCUUAUAGAAUAUUCCUACAUGCAGUGGGACCCAAAAUUUGUCAAGUACAUUCUGGAUACAAUACAGCAAUAAUAAAUAAGAAUUGUGACUCCUUACUAGGCUGCCUGCUGAGUUACUGGUUAGUGCAAAAUUGAUUUAUUGUAUUCUCUCAUUUUGUCUUUUUACAGUUAAAGCUGGCUGAACUUGCCAGUAUUGCAGAUGAUGUAAUUAAACUGGAGAAAAAAGUUGGUAUGUGUCAUAAAAAAAUAGCCAUUGAUCAGAGUGAAUCUUUUUAUGGCUUCUUAUUUAGGUUAUCAGAUCCUUUGAUAGAACCAAGGUACAUGUAUGCCAAAUCUGCAGGUUAUUUUCGUUGGUUUCUUUUCCAGAAUCAUUGUCAACAGAAAAAAGACAGCUCUUCAAAGUAGAGGCUGAUCUCAGGGACAAGAUCACCAAUAUAUUUAAUGGUAUUUACAUUUCAAUCUGCCUUGCCUGUUUCAAGUGGUUUGAGAAAACAAGUCAAAAAAACUGUUUCAGGACUCAAACUGAAACACUAUUUUAGUGCCAUUUGUGAGCAGUGGUUAAUAUUUUAUUUGCAAUAGUUAAUACUGCAGUGCUGAAUUAUAAUGGCACCAGUGGAACUCUGUUCUUUUCUGUUUUGAAUCUCUGUACUGUCCACUCUUUCUUUCAAACUUAAUGACCUUGAUCAAGGAAAAAAGGUGGGGGAGGGGGGGGGGGUAGAAGUGGUAAUGAGUUUUACACAAAUGCCAGACGGAGAUGUUGGUGUAAAUAGAGGAUAUUACAUGGCCGCGCGGAGAUACUGCUGUUGAAAAAUAUUCAUGAGUGAGCGCAGCAAACGAGUGAAAUAUUUUCAACACAAGAAGAGAAAUUUCGUAUCUCCAAGCGGCCAUGUAAUGUUCUAUUUAUUAUAUAAACAACAAUGAAAUACCAAACCAUUUCACUGAAACAGUUUUAUCCUGCGAAAGGCGCGAUUUAUUAUUUAGCCAUAGCAACAGUGAUAUUUUCACAUGUGAAAAUAACAUGUUAUUUUCAUGUGUGAAGAUAAUCAUGUUUUCGCGCGAAAGCUCACCUGGUAUUUCAUUGGUGUUUAUAUAAUAAAUAGGUAUAUUGACAUAGGUCUCAUAUCAUGUUUCUUGUCCACUUUCUGCACCCAGGAUCUGUGGAUGAACUUCACAAGAUUUUUUCAGAUUUUCAAAGAAGAGUACAGGAAAAGGAAAACACUUUAAGAAAUGUAAGCAUUCUCUUUAACUUGUCCAAACCACUGUUAGCUACUGCACGUCUUUUUCGAAGACUUUCAAAGCCCAGAUUUAUUGAGUUUCGUGGCUCUCAGGAAAGGUUUUGGCCUAUCAGAACCCAAGAAACACUUUCAUCAACACGAGUUUCUCCCAGUCUUCUUCAAAACAUUAUGCAAGUAAACCCUGGUUGAUUGCAACUUAAACAUAGUUUCCCCUGUGCAAUGCUUGUCAGUAAUGUAUUGCUUUUAGUUUCUCUCGGUGAGUUAAAUUGUUGCUGUUUGGGUUUGUCUUCAAUUCUGUUUGAAUUCAUGAAAAUUAAUUUUGGCUGAAGUGUAGGGAUUUUGCUUCUGAUUUUUAUUGGUUAUGAAGGUAGAAACAAGCGCUUGUUGCGACCUCAGUGAUACAUAAACAAUGUAAUCUUCAUUGCAGAAUGAAGUAAACCUUCAGACAUUAAACAAAGUCCAACAAAAGUUGACUGCUGACCAGAAUCAGCUACUAAUGGCAGGUGGAAAGCUUGAACAGCAGGCUCAGGUAAGAAUAUUAAGGUUGACUAGGACACGAAGCUUUUAUUUGCUAAACAUACACACCGGCUUUGAACAGAAGUUGCUAACAUCCUAAAAAGUAAUAACGAGAGAAUGCUUUCGAAUAGAUGUUUUCAAGGCCUCCACUAGUCUUCCCCUGUGUAAUACCUAUGAACAUUUUGUCCUCUUUAUCCUGUUUACUUGUCUUGGUUUAAUUUUCUUUUUACCAUUUGGUCACCUAGUGAUGAAAUAGUUUAUUAAUGUCUAUUUUAACCUUGAUACCUUGUACUUUAUUGUUUCUUCCAUACAGAGACACAAGCAGAACCUUAAUGACAGAGACAAGGCUGUUACAGAUCUCGCAAAUGAGUUUGACGUGAAAGGUUUGAAUGGUCAAUUCUCUAUUUCUCAACAGUGGCUUGUAUGGAAUGCAGAAGUAAUUUUGUGGAACGCCUUACUACUGAGCUUAAAAUUCCUUUUUUUGGACACUGGACGCUUUUGAUAUUUUCCUUUUCUUCUAGUAUACAUGACACUUAUCGCAAUUAUGGUCUGGUGCUUGUAGUCCCUUAGCAAUGUAGAGGUUGGCGCAUGUUCCUCGUUCUUGAAGCUCCAGUAGUUACGGUGACCUGAAAAACACUGUUGCUAAAACUGCACUACAGUACACUUUUCAAGAUCUCUAAAAAUUCCUCUCUGAAAUUACCCUAGGUAAGGGUGGCAACCCCCCUUCUCCACAUGGCAGUGCAGUGUGAGAGGCACCUAUGUGUCCCCCUUAAAUUUUCUGGAGAACCUGUGGUUAAAGCGUUCUUGACACCAUUAUUCCAUCUGUACCAAAUUUAUUUAAUUUAUCAUUUAUUUCUGGAUAGCCCUGAUACAGAAUAUGAGCGUAUCUGUUAAUUGUCUUCUGGACGUUGUGUGCAUUGUUUAGAAAUGUACUCAGGCAAUUUAAUGAUCUGAAUAAUUCUUUCUUUAGGGUUUGAAGGAGGUCCUUUCUCUGAGGAGAGGGUUGACCGAUUUAUGGAAGAAAUGAAGAAGAAAUAUCAAAAUGUCAUCGAUGACACAAAGCGCAAAAGGGUGAGAAUUAUCAUAAGCCAAAACAGUGACUGGUGUAGUCUGUAAACUUCGUGCGAGUUUGAUCAACAACUAAAGCUCAAAGCUUGACAGUACUAUGAUUGAUGUGUUGGCUUGUUUGUAUGUUCGUGGCCAUGUGUAUUUAAGAAGUAAUUCUGCAAUGAGCGUCUUUAAUUAUUUUUUUGACAGCAAAUUUUCGAUGAAAAUAUCAACAAAGUGCAGAGAAAAAUCGAUGAUAUGAAGAAGAGUCAAGCACAGUGCGAGGAAACCAUGAGACUCAAGAACAAAAUGAUGGUACUUAGAUCUAUCUAGUGUUAAAAUGCUACUACGACGAAAAUUUUUGCGCAUUUUUCCGUCUUUUUUCAGCACAAAUCUUGGGUUUGUGUACUUAGACUCAGGGAACUUGCACGUAUAUUCAAAAACACAUUAAAAGCUUUCUUUAAAAAAGUUCAAAGGAAAUUAAUAGUUAAUGAAUGUCCUAGUUUAGUAAAAACGGCUGAAAUUUUAGUGCCGAUUUUCUGGAACAAAAAUGAUACAUAAAAAUAACAAGUAUAACCCUAAAAACAGUUUUUGUAGCCGUUCAGUGAAGUUAUACAUGUAGUUCACGUUUUAUGACGCUUAAAACGCUCUGCUGAGCCUUGUGUUUUUUAAUUCAGAAAACACUCAUAAACUUGCGAGGCCUCAGAUUUUUCGCUUAAAUCCAGUGUUUUGCUGAUAACACUUGCGCGUUAAAAUUUGUUCUCUUGCUUUUCUAGCGUGAAAACCAGCAGAAACUAAGACAGAUUGGCCAAGAUUUGAGCAAUGUUGAUGCCUCAGCAAACAGGCUCAAGUCAUUGGAAGAAGAACUGCAGAGGGCGGUGGGUACACCUCAAGAACAAAUUUCCUACUUUUGCCGUGCAUAAAGUUUAAAAUUUUGUUUGUACAAUAUGCCCGGUAAUUAUUUUUCUGUGUUUCAAAGUAUAUUUGAAGUACUUGGAAAAAUAGCUACAAGGAGAAAUCUCGAGAAUGAGGCAGGAGAACCUCGAUAACCAAAGGGAAGAAGUUGUUUUGAAGUAUUGUCUACCAAGUCACGUUUCUGAAUCUGCAACACUUGAAACUUGCAUCCUGUGUUUUUCUCUUCUUAGCCUGCAACCUGUAGAACGUGCUCCUCGUCUAAUUAGCCCAAAGCGGUUAUUUAAGCCUCUGUUAAUCCUCUACUAACUGCAUGUUUCAUGCAACAACAGAACAAAUGUUUUAAUAUAGAACACAUGGUACAUGCGAUAAUGUUGACAAACUGGUACAUGUACAUGGUAUGAAUGUGUCCCUACACGUUCAAUUAUAUUUCGUCCCUUCUUCAUCAGGAGCGUUAAAAGGAGAUGACUCCAGGGGGUGAAAAAAUAACCAGACAGUAGGAGUAAAUUGCUUCAUAGCGGUUGAUUUUUUUCUUCAUCCAGGAGAGGGAACUUAAUGCCGCUCAAGAGAGUGGCAAUGUUAAUGAAUUAGGAAAAGAGAUCGACAGGCUGCAAUCCGACAAGCGUAAUCUUGACAAUGAGCUACGGCAACUGAGGGAAGAGCAGCAAGCGAUGCACAUGCAGUCCACAACACAAGCUAAACUGGACAUGUUGUCUAAAGAAAAGAGCACAAAAGAAGAUGCAAUCCAAAAAAUGUAGGAAUGUGUGGAACGAUUGAUGUAUAUUUUGUAGUUCAUAUUUAUCGUUGUUUUUAGUUUUAUUUUUUAUUGUCGUUGGGUAUGUAAUGUAUUAUAAUGCAUUUGAAACAAAGGAAAAUAAAAUGAAAACUAAUGACACAAUUGAACUGCAACGAAUAAUAGCACUACUUCACGCUGUUGCCAAAAUACCGACGAGGCAGUUUUAUUAAGUCCUUAAUUGGCUAAAUACAAUAAGAACUUACUUCGUUAGUUUCUGUAUGACUUUCUCAAGUUUGAAGGUUUUUUUUAAAAAAAUGUUCCCUAUUUUUCACGUAGCACUCAGCUCCGGUGUCUUCAAAAGUGUUACUCAUUGGCAGUUAACUGCAUAUAACCACAUAUUGAAAGCAACGUGCUUCUGCUUUUUGUCUCUAGUAUGGACCGCCACGAAGAGGAUCUAAAAUCUAUGCUAGGGACACGAGGCACCUCAGAGAACCUCUACACAAGAUUACAAGAGCUUCUACGAGCGAAGGAAAGGGAACUGAGGGAAACUAGAAACAAUCUGCAGAAACUGAAACAACAGUUGUCUUCGAAGCAGACAAGAAAGCGGAUGAUUGAGUGAGAGUAUUUUUAUAUCUUUAUUUCUAUUUUAUUUGCUUUUUAGAUAAUUUUCGUAUAGUCAACUUUUUUCAACAAUAGCUGCUCAUCAAGAUCGACUGGCUUGAUGUAAAAGUCGCGAUGAGAAUGUACUUGUAACUUGCUUAACUUAACACUUAGGGAGCUCCUAAGAGCUUUUAAGGAUUCAUUUGGAAGUGGGAAGUGUUUAUUUAAACCAGGGUACCAGGUGAAAAAUCUCUCCUCUCAAGGUAGGAACCACUAACAACAAGAGGUCGACUUCGGGGCAUGGUCUCUAGUCAAAUUAGUGGGAUCGAGACAAGUGUUGCUCUAAUUAUUGCUCUACACUUGUCCCUCUCGCUUGAAUAAGUUAACGUUGAUCUCACAAGCCUUCUGUGCCUUUUUUUUUUCAACAGAGAGAACUUAAAAGACAAUGAGAAUAAAGCGCAACAGCAUAGAAGACAGAUCUCUGAAGCGUGUGGGGAAAAUGAUUACAACACCACGAGAGAAAGUAUCCGUGAAAGCAUUGCUAGUUUGCAGGAGUAAGUGAAUAUAGUGAGGUCCCCGAAGCCUUUUUUGUAUUUUCAAAAGCGGCAAAAAGGGCGUUAGCCAUUUUGUGCUUUUGUAACAAAUAUAUGCUUUAGCCGGUUUUAUUUUCUGAUUUUGCCUCAGUGAGAACAUUUCGUUUUGCUUGGCCAAAACACUGCCAAUCGAAAAGGGUUUCUGCCUCUCCACAUCCAGCUUUUAGACAAGCUCCCUGGUGAGAGGAGCCCUACCUUACCCUCCCAGAACAUUGUCGCAGCGUGUAAGAAAGAAAGUCAUCAAGCUCUGCGAAGUCUCAACAAAAAGCCAAGAUAAACCCUAGAAAAAUGAGAGAACAACAACAACAACUAAAACUUUGGCUGUGUUCCGCUUAUAGAGCGUUUUUACAUGACGUCACGGAGGCCACUUUCAAUGAAACAAUGAAACCGCGGCCAUGUUGGUGUUCCAAACCAAUCCUGUGGGAGUUAAACUCUUUUUUUUAUGUAAACGCUUUCUUUUGUUCUAAUUAGUUUGCUUAGAUGCUGGCCACGUGAUUGAAAACGCUCUAUAGACACGUAACUCGUAACGUAACUCGCGCUGAAGCACUUUCUUUGAUUCUAGUGAACGAGGUAUCAUUGGCUCCCUGGAGAAAAUCUACUCCAAGUAUGUGUCCAAACUGGAAAGUGAAGAUGUUCACACCAGCGGCUGUCCUCUGUGUCACCGAACAUUUGAAAGCAACAGGCAGAUUGCUGCUCUCGUCGAUGAGGUAAGACUUACAGUGUGAUGGCUUUGUGUUUUUCUUUUUCGCAAGAGCCGUAACUGAAGGUAAUGUUUAGGGACUACUAACCUAUCUCUACAGCAGAUACUUUUCAUUAUCUUCCAUAACUGACUUCUAUUUUUUUCUUUUUUAGUUGAGGAGAAAAAUUCAAACCCUUCCAGAUAAACGAGUGGCAAAUGAAAGAAGUCUCGUUGAAGAACAAAACCGCUAUGAUCGCAUUCUUGAACUGGCACCCGCUAAAGAAGCUGUAAGUAUUGACAUUGCUUUUGUUUUUGUUAUCAAGUGGUCGCCAGACAUAAAUUAUUGGUGGCCAGAAAAAGUCAAGGACAAUAUAUGACGUGAGGGGCGUGAAAUGAUGAAAAUGGCUGCCCAACAAUCGUAGUGGAAUUCGACGUCUCAAGGCUUUAAUCCCGGACAGCCAGGGUAGAAGAGACGAAUGAUAACGAAAAUGGAGCAUAAAUAAUAUUUCAUUUGAAUGUUCAUUUGACUUUAGCCGUAGAAAGACCAUAAACACAACUGAUAAAAAACACUACACCUUGGCACAUGACUUCUUACAACACGUCGCCAAAUUAGCAACUUUCCUUGUCAUAUUUGUGGCCAAAAUAUUUUUCCAUUGGCUGAUUAGCUGGUACAUGGUGUGAAUACAUCAAUUUUCUUCUCCUAGCUUGAGUCCUUGGAAAGCAACCACAUUCCUGAUAUCAGGUCCAAACUGGAAGAAAUGGACGACGAGGUGCGAAGGAUCAAGGAGGAGAUCACUGAGGUGCGUCAUGCCAUCAUUCAAUCCAUUUGUUGUAAAUGUAGAACGAGGUGUAAAAAGGUAUCAACAUCUCCGCGACUCUGAGAUUUCUGGAAACUCUCUUUAAGUAAUAGGAGCUAGCCUUGUUCAAACUGAAUCCUUCAGGACAACUGACUCGGAGGAACUCCUAGACAUGUUGUCGUAACUUGGGACCAAAACCAAACCAAACCAACGUUAUUAAGAGAGGAUGACCACCUACAGUUCCGAUAACUAAGAAACCUAUAGCCCGCUAAUUGUCUCAAUCUAGCUGGAGACACUUUCUAGAUGGAAUUGGAAUUUGGAAGUGCUGGUUUCUAAAACUGGAGUACCUGGAGCACAGAAGGGAGUGAACACAGGAGGGAACGAACAACAAACACAACCCACAUAUAAGGCUUCGACUCCGGGGCUCAAAUGCGAAACACAUUGGUGGGAGGCGAGUUCCUUUACUACUGUUCCAUCCCUGCUAAGAGCCGUUUAGUAUCGCUUCCAUGCUAAUAAUCAUGAUAGAUCCUUUCGCAACGUCUUAUCUAUGUUACCGUAAAAUUCCGAAAAUAAGCCCCUCCAAAUAUAAGCCCCACAAACUCGUAACGCAAAAAACCCGCCGUUACAUCGCCCCUCCGAAUAUAAGCCCCGUGGGGGGCUUGUACUUGGAAAUUGCCCUCAAAUACAACAACGGCAAAAACAGUAAGUUUCCUUCCAACUAUAAGGCUAGCCCAAUCGAUUUUGAAACGCAAAUUUCCCUCCGUAGAUAAGCCCCUCCGAAUAUAAGCCCUUCCAAAAAUAAGCCCCGAAAAGAGGGCCUUUGAGAAAUAUAAGCCCUGGGGCUUAUUUUCGGAAUUUUACGGUAUUUGUUUCACUUAUAUGCUGCAUUUGCUUGGUUUUAGCGUGAAGAUGUUCAGAGCAUCGCCGAAAGCGAGGAGCAGAGCGCUCGACAAAUGGAACCUGACAUCCGCAUGUUGGACAAAUACAAGUCAGAGCUCAAGGACAUGGACAGGAAUAUAUCCCUGCUGCAGUCCAAACUUCAUGGAGUCGGUGAGCAUGCCCACCUACCCCUCCCCUAAGCCAACAUUACCACUUACUUCUCACUUAGAACAAAAUGUUGGCUCAGGGGAGAAACGUAUAGUGAUCCCAAAGGGCCUUGGGUAAACGCGUUACAAAGCAUCAGAGUGAUCGAUCGUGGAUAUCUAGCGUUCUCAAGGGCUAAUUUUAGUGCUUAGCAUUUAGAAGGAGCUCCGCGUUUAGGCUUGGCAGUCCGCACUUCAUGGAGUCGGUUUUCCCUUGAAAACUUUGACGAAUUACAACAAAGGGCCUUGGAUAAACGCGUUUUAAAGCAUCAGUGAUCGAUCGUGGAUAGCUAGGGUGCUCAAGGGCUAAUUUUAGUGCUUAGCUCUUAGAAGGAACUCUGCGUUUAGGCUUGGGAAGAUUUAUAUACAUUAUAUUGAGUCAUAAAGACCUUACAGCUUCUGUAAAAGUUAAAAUCAAUUUCCAGAGGCAUAAUCAGUAAUUCCUUUCACUGGUGAAGUUGUGAGGCUAAGUAGAGCACUUACAAUAAUUAUAUACCAGAAUAUUUUUCACAUUGUUCAUUUUUUAGGUUGUGUGUCCUUUGUCAUCAUCUACCUGCUAAUGCGGUGUAUUGUACAGAUAUUGAAACGCCUUUUUUCUUUCUUUUUAAAGCUCCUGGUCGUACCAUGCAGUCAGUUUCCAACGACAUCUCGGAGAGACAAGAUCGAUCGUAAGUCUGACGUGAACCGUCAACCAUCGAACAUAAGUUUGUCUUUAGGUUAACGUCCAAGUAGUUGAUUGCAAUCAUUUUUUCAUGCAAAAAAUGCAUUUAAAAUCUCAGGCAUCCUGAUAACAUCCCUUUUCAAGUUGGAAGCAUUCAAAUCAGCACCGUCUAUUGGUAAUCAACUUUUACGCGUGUGGUUUAGAAUGUAACUUAUGUUUUUGAGGCAUGUGAACUAUUUGAGGUGAGGUUGAAACAUAGUUAUUUGAGUAAACUGGUUAUGAAAAGCGGCAAACAUCAAUGAUAAAAACAACAGUGCUGCAGUUUAUGUUGGAAGUACCGUGAAAGUGCACAAUCCUUUGUUUUCUGUUGGCAAAUUGUUACGGAAUAAAUUAAUGCAACGUUUUUAUUGGUCAAUACAAUCAAAAUGAUAGGAAUUCUUUUGAACGUUGUGCACUUUCAGGUCCACAAAAACAUAUAACAAAGGAGUCUGACGGGUUUCAUAACCAUUCCACUCAAUUAACUAUGGUUGAAACGAUAAGAAAAAUAGGCUGGUUGUGAGUGCAUAAUUAAUUAAUUUACUUAAUUAUUUCAAGAUUUCCACAAGGGCAGGUGAUAAAACAAUAGGACACUCGGUCUUCUUUUAGGUAUUUAUUACCGUAAUAGUCCCUUCCCUCGAGGAAACAUAGACCUGCCACACUGCCGUUGUCUACGUCGCCUCGUCUUUUUCUUCGAACAGCAGUGUGGGUUCCUUUGGGUUCUUACCCAGCACGGUCUAUCACUGAGAUUUGUUGUUACCCUGGUUUGUGGUCCCUCACGCUUAUCUGUCGCUCUUUCAACUAGGCAUUGAAACGGAGGGGAUAGGGGGUGGGUUAGGUCAGAUGCGAUUUGGAACUUUUUGGUAAAUAGUCUGCCUUUAUGGGCUACUAAAUUUUGAGUGCUUUUGAUUUGUUCUCAUUACAGAGACACCCUAAAUAACAAUAUUGACAGGAAGCGAACUCAGCUGAGUCAACUCCAAAGGCAGCUCAGUGACCUGGGGACGACUGUACAUGAACUGAAGUCACAGAAGGUUGGCUCAUUUCUUCAUUUCUCAUAUGCUCCUUUUUUGUGUUGUCAUAGUAACCAUUGACUGGCACUCGACAGAUGAUGACGGAUCAUCACUACUGGGAAUUAUAUUUUUUAUCCUCUUUAUUUUAGGUAACGUUCGCAGCCAAAAUAAUGUUCGAGUGUGAAUGUACAGUCAGACAGUAAACGAGCAAUAAUUGAUAUGAAAUUAACCUAACGGUGUCGUACGUGUUAAUACUUUUUCUGUCAGAUCCCUGGUAAAGCAUCUCUGUGGAAACUCGGGCGUGUUUAAAAAAUGAAUUUACUAAAACUUCGUUAACGACACGAAACACCCCAUCGUCGAAUUGUGUUAUCGUUUUAAACGUUUGGUCUCUUGCAAAUCACGUGUUUGGACAAUACCAUUCUGAGACUCUCCAUUUGUCAUUUACAUUUCUUUAAUACUGCGGUGCAUGAAUUUCUUAGAAUUUUAAUUUAAUACCGUGGCAACAAAGACUACAUCCGAAAUUUGCUUUUUCGGGUCAAAACUUCUAAUUAACUGCGAUGAAAUUAUCAUUCAGAAUAUAAAAUAUAUUAACACUAUUAUCAGUAAUUUAGGAAAGAUGUUAAUAUAAAGAGAAACGCCUUUGAGUAUAUUGUCUACUUUCUUCCGCUGUAAUCUUGAUCUAUAUAGAGAGAGAACGGCAAAAUUUUCAGUUAUAUUCGUCUGCCAAACUGCCAAGUUUCGUUGUUGUUGAGUUCUUGGUACAUGAGAAUUUGCACGAUAAUAGCAUAGAUAAGGUCCGACAUAGCUGUCUUGUAUUUCUAAGAUCUGGGAAGAUAACAGCAAUUGAUAAUUACGGUGGGGAAAAAAAAGCCACUUGAACCAGAGCAAUUGACUGGACGCAGGAAACACGAAUGAAGUGCAUUUUGUACAAGUUGUGAUGGCUACUAUAAAUUUAGCACUCUCUACAAGUACAUGAAAUUCAUCAUUUCAGUUUGUUCAAGUACACUUAGAAAGGACGGUUAUCGGCAAUUUUGAAAACGUCGAUAUAUAUUUUUUCUAGAGUAAAUACCAGGUUGUUUUCUAUCAGGGGGCUCUCUGUCAUGUCGAAGAUAACAAUAAAGAGCAACUAAUGUAGAUUAUGCUGGUUGGACGUUGUAAAUAAUGAAGGUCAACGUUUCGAAAAUCGGCGACCUGUUUCCCGGCACGUAAUUGAAUUCGUAGUGAAACACGAAUGGCAAUAAACGCCAGAAACGCACCGGGCGCUGUCCUUCAGCUAUUUUAGGUCUAGCUUUUCUUUAUUAGCAUUUAAUCAACAGAAGCGAUGACUCGACUCACUCACUGUUAAUAAGUAAUGACAUAAUAAGGUAAACUGUCUUGCCUUUGGCGAAGUAGUUUGUGAAUUGGCCCCAUCAAUUUAGGAUUAUAUCACUUGACUAGAUGUUAAAUUAUCAAGUGAAAUAAAAUUGUAGUUUACUAAACUAAAACGCGCCUGUUAAUAGUAAGAUGUUCUUGUAAUGAGAAAAUGAAUUCUUAAAGCGUUUCCCUUCAAUUCGUGAUCAUUAAUUAUGACAUAUAUUGCUUCUUUAAAAUGACAGUGGCGUUUUCUGACAACAAGACCUAUCUGGAAGAGAUGAUUCUGCAAAUAAUGAGAUGUUCUUGUCACGAAAAGAUGAAUUCUUAACGCGGUUCCGUUCAAUUCGUGAUCUUAAUUUAUGAUAUAUAUUGCUGCUGCAAAAUGACAUUGGCGUGUUCUGACAAAAAGAGAUCUAUCUGGAAGACAUGAAUUUGCAAAUAAUGUGAUAUCGUAUAGACAUGUCCACGGCAUACAGCACGCAUGGAGUUCAGCUGCCGUGUGUUUAGCUUAUUAUCAUACAAACAAACUGAAGCUAAAGUUAGGGUCGUGGGGGAACUGCAUUGACAAAACACCUGCUUCUUCAGCUUCCUGCUUUCACAGAGGCGUGUUAUGAAUACCACAAAGUACAUGUUGUUGUGCACGAGUUGACCGGUAAAUCUCAGGACAGGUUUAGUUGUUACGUCCAUCUAAACGUGUUUUCUGCAGUAAAAUGACAACCACGGUGAAUAUUACUGGAGACGGACCUAAGUCGAGUUCCUUUGUACAUUUAUUUUGUUCUCCGGCAGAAUUAACCGGCGUCCUGGUCGAGUUAAUUUUCCUUAUAACGCUGAACAUUGUUUUAUCCAUCACCACAAUUUUGGGAAAUACUCUGAUUCUUAUUGCCCUCCAGAAGGAGUCAUCACUUUAUCCGCCCAUCAAACUCCUGUUUCGCUGUCUAGCAACAACCGAUCUCCUCGCCGGCCUUAUUUCAGAACCCCUCUUCGUUGGUAAUUUGACAUUCGUGUUGAACGAACGCUGGACCAUUUGUCGCUACACAUCUAUGGCAAGCUUCCUCGUAGGAUAUAUCUUGGCUUCAGUGUCUUUAUUAACAGUAACUGCUAUCAGCGUAGACAGGCUUCUCGCUCUGUUAUUAGGUUUAAGGUACAGACACUUUGUCACAUGGCGGCGUACUUGUGUAACUGCGACUUUACUCUGGGUUGUCGCCAUUGUUGGCACCGCAAUGUUCUUUUGGAAUCAUCGUAUUACUUUGUGGUAUGGGUAUAUAGGCAUAUCUUUGUGUCUUUUUACCUCGGUUGCAUCCUACUCAAAGAUUUUCAUCGCUCUUCGCCAUCAUCAAAAUCACGUGCAAAGUCAUGUUCCUCAAGACCGCCCAAACCAGACGGGUACACUGAAUAUCGCGCGGUUCAAAAAAGCGGUGUCCAGUGCAGUAUGGGUGCAGUUGACUUUAGUCGUCUGUUAUCUGCCGUACGUUAUUGCAGAUGCUCUGAUUGCUGACAAGAAAUCAUCUUCAUUAGCUUACGUUGUUAAGGAAUCAACAGUGACUUUAGUUUUCUUGAAUUCGUCUUUGAAUCCAAUUCUUUAUUGCUGGAAGAUCAAAGAAGUGAGACAAGCUGUCAAAGACACAAUCAGACAACUCUAUUCUUUAGCUUCUUAACCCUUUCAAUCCCAAAAGUCACCAAAGUCAAAAUUCGACAAAAUUUCCAAAUUUUAUUUUGUAAAUGCUGAACUAAAAUUAAUGGAACCAGAUGAAAGUGCUCGCAAAGAGAUUCAAUUUGAAUGGUCACACUUCAGCAUUUUGACCACUUACUCAAAAGUUAGAAGCACUUUUCAAGACUCCAUCUUUCCCUUUGGGAGGGAAAGAGUUAAAUGUCGUCCGGGUUUACAUCAUAAAAAAACUUUCAUGCUAUUUCAAAAUAGGUCGCCUUUGUCGAUCCGCGCGAAGCGAUCUUUGUUUUAAAGAAGAGUAAUUACCCCGACUGUGCACGCAUCAGUCUCUUAAGAUCUUUGAUAGCGUUAGAUUUGCCAUCACUGUCGAAACAACUGCUACUGGGUUGGAGGUUCUAGCCAAACACUUUAGUGCCGUCUUAAGACAGAAUAGGUUAUCGCUUUAACUUGAGUUAAUAAAAAGCAGCUUUAUACAAACCCUCUCGCCAUGAUGUUGUUUUUAUCUGAAAAUUAUUGUUUUAUGGCCUUUUUAGCCUGUUGGUGUUUUAAGAAUGUGAUGCUGAGUUCAGACAUUGAUUUCUGUUUUUGUCACUUUCCAACUGGAUGAAUUGAAAGCUACAAGAGAAUACAAUAGUAGAUUUCAUUGGCAAUUCGCACGCUACAAUUUUGUAACGAGCACAAUUUACUAUCAUUUUUAUUUUUUACUUCAAAUUCAAUAUUUUCAUUGAGUGAAAAUAAAUACUGUGGUUAAAAAUUUUCAGAAGGGAAAGUGGGUGAAAACGCGGAAUUUUUUUUGAUAUAAUUGUAGAAACCAUGUGCAUAAAUUUACGCGGCCACGUGGGUGUGCAACUUUCCUUGUGCGGUUUUACAGUUCAUGUUGUUAGGUAAAAUAAUGAGCUGUUUCAUCGUCAGGGUUAAGAAACCUCUUAGUUCUUUUUUGUUUUGGCUGCAAUGAUUUUGCCCAUGAAUGUUGAUCAUUUUGAGGUUGCGUCUCAGAGUCUGUGGUGUAUGUGUCGAAUUGCAUUACGGGAUUGUUUUGAGGGUCGAAGGCUUCUACUAUUGGCUAUUAUCAAGUUUAAAUUUGUUCCCCAAAACAGUCCAAUAAUACACUAAUUCAAGAGACCACCAACCAAGUUUUAAAGUGAAACCUCAAAACGGUCAAUUCUAUCCCGAAUUCCUACCCCUGGGUCUUCGGGAAUGGCUACUAGAGAUCUUUAGAUUCGAGGACGAGAUUUGACUCAAAAGUUAACACGGUUAUUUUUAUUGAUAGAGGUUAAGCACUCUCCGAUCGCAAAGUGAUAAUACUCCUGACAUUUGAUAACUUUUUUCCGUUACUGGGACAUUGCCCUAAAACCUGUAGCAGAAUGACGCCGGUUAUCACAUUUUCACGUCAAAGUGACGCUGGUUUACGCACUCACACUAUUUAGUAUAAAGGAAAUAUCGUUCUCGUUGUCGUCUUUGUCUUAGAUUCUAAAGUUUUCUACUGUCAAACAACGCACACUACCUCUGAGCGCAACUACGUAAAUUUUUGUUUCCACUUAGCUACGUUUGACAGCGCAGCUCCAGACAAGAACGCGUUUGGAACAGCAGAAAGCUGAACUAACCGCAAAUAACAGUGCUUUCACAAGAGAGAUUAAGGUGAGUAGGAGUGUUAAAGUUUUUGUAGCUGUAAUUUGGUUUAGUCUACAGCGUACAGCACUACUGAAUUAGUUGAAAUAGAUCGUCACGCGAGCACGGUUCUUUUUUUUUACUACCUCUUAGGCUCAAAUGCUUGCAUGCAAGCAGGUUAUAUCAACUAAUCUAGGUUUUCCAAAUUGAAAAUCUAUCUUAUGCCAUAGUCUCAAUACAAAUCCCAUUCUAAAACAAAUUGUACUUUUCUUUUUACCUCGCACAGGAAGCAGAAGCGGAGCUUGGUCCUAUCGCGGUAUGUAUUAUCUUUUUGGUUUAUCAGUUUAGACCUUGUUACAUGCGAAAAUGUCAAGCGGAAACUGCUAAGCAAUGGCGUUGUAAAAAAGUUUUAGCAAGUAUUGGCGCAUGUAACAGCAGUCGAAACUUGAUUUGAGAAAUGCUAUUCCAACUGGUGUGCUCAGCUUAGCUUAACGAAACUAGUUUAUACAAGAAGCAUUACAUUACAGCAGUACUGCGACAGUUUUAGAAAUAGAGGUUGGACUGUUUUCUUGGUGAAACUGUCUGGUAACGAAAAUUUGAAAACGCUCCCACUGAACUUGUCAUGUUACACGGAACAAUUCUUGCUAGCACUUGUUUCAAAGCCUCUGAAGAUACCUUUCGAAUGAGUUGUUCCGCAAAUAGUUCGUUUGUAGUGCCCUAGGGAUUCAGUGUUGACUAAUUUUUUUUUAAUGUAGGAAAAACUUGAAGAACUCCAAACGCAAAAACGAGACGUUGUUAGUCAAAAGGAGGCCUCCGAUGAUGAGAACCGUAAAGUGGUUAGUGUAAAUGUUCUGCGUAUUUAAUGUUCAACGUUCUUGAUCUAUUUGAUUAUGAAUGGAUAACUACAAUCCUGGAGAAAAGCCAUUGGGACAGUAAAAGCACAUCAGCAGUUCUAAGUAAAUAUCCAAGUAACGUUCGGAAAGGCAGUACUGCCCUUUUUUAAAAUGGUGAACCCCUCCCCCUUCAGCCCCACCCAAUAGAAUGUUGAAAGAUCAAAGAAAUUGUGUCUUGACGGUUUCAACGCUAUCCAUGGGGCGGAAGGGGGAGGGGGUGGGGAGGUGCAUUGUUAGUCGAACGCGAAUGUUUCUUUAGUGUGUGUUGAAAAGCGUUAGAACUGUACAACUGCCGCAAGGCUUUUGUCCAUGAUUGUAGGUACUAUUUGAUUUGCUUUUAAUUACAGGUUUUGUCAAUGGUUAUCGCAUUGCGAUCAGCUUAAUUUGUUUUUGUGGGAACAUUACAAAAAAAUAAACAAAUUCCAUCAAUUCUAUUAGUCAAACAUUCAAUCAUCAACGUGGUAGCCAGAAAUACGGCAUAGACAAGGCAAGACCUGCUAUGGCUGACCUGAGGCGAUAAAUGGGUAGGGGACAAGCCUCGCAGAAAAUUUUCUAAACUAAAAGCUCAGAAACGCUAUUCUCAGCAUUUCUUGAGAAACACUAAUCUCGCACAAACUGAGGAUUCUUUUCCCUCUUGACAGGCUUAUUGCAAAUUAGGCCAACAUACUUCGUGAUCUUGUAAACUUUUCAAAUUUUCACAUUUGAAAUGUUUUAAAAAUCACAUUUCUGCUAAUGAACUUUGUGCGCUUAAAAUAGUUUUUCACUGAACUGAAAUGAUUUCGAGAGUUUUGAGAAACGCUUGCUAGGUCAAUCAAUCAAUCAAUCAAUCAAUCAAUCAAUCAAUCAAUCAAUCAAUCAAUCAAUCAAUAAAUAAAUCAAUCAACCCGUUAUGUGUUUGUUUUUUAACAGCUCAACGAAAUUAAAACAAGAGGAGACAAAGUGCGAGAAAGAAACGCAGAAAUCAAACGGUAAUGUAGAAUUAAGAAUAUACCCAUUAAGGAAUCUUUCUUCAAUCACCAAGAGCGGCGUUAUUUCCCCUCAGUUUGAACAUAGUGAAUAGAGUGGAAUGGUCAUGAAACCCGUCGGACUCCUUUGUUAUAUGUUUUUGUACACCUUACGGUGCACAACGUUCAAAAGCAUUCCUAACAUUUUGAUCGUAUUUCCCCACGAAUUCUAUCGCUGUCUGCUCUGGCAAUAGCAGAAGAAGUGGUCAAGUUGAUUGAUAUAUUUAUUGAGAAACGCGAUUGGCUAUUGGAAUUGAACAGAAGAAAUGUUUCGCCUAUCUUUACCUUUAUCUUUUUGCAACCAUGGCUAAAUUGAACGAGAAAGUUAUUUUGAUAUGUCCAAUUAUAUGACUAUAUUCGAUCACACUUCUCAUUGAAUCUGUCUGGCUUCCUCAAAGUAGACUACGAGUAGUCCCCCAUUUUUCCUCAGGGAUAGUAGAGCGAGCGAAACGCGAGCGCGCGUGAAAAUCACCCCACGCGACACGCGGCGGGGAGAGAGAAAAAUGUCGCCUCUUCUCGCGUGGGGUGAUUUUCACGCGUGCUCGCGUUUCGCUUGCUCUACUAUACGUGAGGAAAAAUGGGGGACUACUCGUAGUCUAUCCUCAAAGGGCACUCAUGCUGUUCUGCGCUUUUUAAGAUGACCGAAGACUGACUUAAUUAGUAAUAUAUUACAAGACAAAAGAAAUACGUGAGAUUAAGGUAUAAAUACUAAGCUAAAAGAUAACUACAUAUUGCUACAUAACUUAAAAUUAUGAUCUAGAAAAGGAGAAAAAAUUCUAUCCCUAAACUGACCUAAUUUAAUUUGGUUAUAUAAAGCACUCUUUAAAAUAUUUACAGAAGUUGUCACAGAGAAUGUGCGACCACCCUCCUUCGCUCUAUUGCAUCUUCUAGGCAAUAUGUUAUACAUCAUUAGGCUGCGAGCAGUUUUUUACUUUUUGCAAUGUUACUCCACGAGUAACCUGUGCACGCGAGCGGCGACCGCGAGAUGCGAGCUGCGAUGACGUCGUUAUUUGCAAUCGCGCUGGAUGGAAUAACACGGACUGCAAGCAGUCUAAUACAUCAUCUCUUCUUUGUAUCAGUUCGUGGGCAGUGAAAACCCGCGAAAAAAAAAGAAAGGAAAAGAGCCUAAGAGGUCUUAACUCGACACAGUUAAAUGUAUUCUUGUUUUUGAAUAAAAAAAUCACCGAUCUGCUUUUCAAAAUAUUUAAAAACAAAUGAGAUAAGUUAAAUGUUUUGCUGAAGAAAUUUCGCCAUAAUAUAGUAGUGCGUAUAGUGUUUUUCCCUUAAAGUUAUCAAUUAAGCAUUUCAUGCACAAAUUACAACUCUUGCGCUCCUCUGUGAUCUAUUUUAUUUCGACUCCAUCUUUGACUUAACUUUCAUCACUGAAUAUCAGAGUUUAGCCGUAGAUUUCAUGUUGUGUUUACUCUUCCUCAUCCUGUCGGAAUUCCAUGUUUGUUUUCAUCGUUUUUUUAAUUCGUCGUUUUCUGUUUUCACCUGCGCCAUGAAUUCGUCCCUUUCAGAAAAUCUGACGCGAGGAUUUCGUUCUCGUUAUUGUUUCAAAGAUUCAAUUUCUUCGUCACCCGGUUGAUAUUUUGUCGUUUUGGUCGUCUUGUCCUCGACAAAUGUUCCCAUUUGAACAGUUGAUGUCACCCCCACAGAAUUACUUCUCGACUUGGUUUGUAUAACCGUUCCGAAAAUUAAGACCGAUAUGAUGUACUCGCAAGCUCUCAUCAAGAACGUCAACGUAUAACGUGUGCACAUGGUCGUGCUGUUGAUUUCCAAUUCUACUAAGAUGCCGUAAUCACUAGCCGCCAUGCAAAUGCUCAGUAUGAGCGAAACGGCAGAAAUGGUGGGAGAUAAAAAGACAAGAAUGAUAAUGUUCUUUAACCUUCCUCCCCUUAUAGAGUGGCCUAGCUGUCGCGAUGAUUUUAAGUUUCUCCACAUUCUGUAACCCGCUAUCGUGUAACCAGCACAAAUUAGUAUUCCCCAGAUGAAGAUCGCCACAUACGAAGCAAAGUACCAGAAUGCUCGGUCUGAAUAUAAGACCAGCAGAUUAAAUGUCAGCAUAAUUGAAGAUAAAAAAGCAGUUAUACCUAGCAACACCCAGAUGUUUUGAAGCCAUGGGGCGGCAAGUGAAGUUUUAGUCGUUUCUAAUAGGAUGAGAAGUAAGAUGCUAAACGCGGACAAAGUCAGUGCCAUUGAGAAACAGUCCAUAAGAAGCGAUGCUAUGAAUGUACCAAUCGAUGCAUUGUUCAUCGAUAUUGGGCUCCAAACUAGUGCGACUGUCUUAAGAGUCGCGGCUAGAAAUAAAAUGGCUGUAGUGAAUCGACCGUGGUUGUUCCGUUUGUUGGGUUUAGGCCUUAUGCAUUGCUGAACAACCACUAGAAGACAACUCAGAGCAAGGACACCGAACAACGCAGCGAAUAUGUAAGUGUAACACUCCCAAGCCCAGUGAUCGAGGAAUUUUUGAAGACUUUCUGUUAAGGGAGAUGUAGUUGAUGACUUUUCGUCCUGUAGCAUUGUAAAACGCUCUCAAUUUAUUCGACCUUCUUUGAUCUCUCACCUUUCCAACUGCUGUAUUUACCGAAGUGUCUGUUUUCGCCGCUUUUUUACAUGCAGAUGUAUUGCUUUUGACGAUUGUUUUAGUGUCAUAUAUAAUUGAGUUUGUUUUGUUUCUAGCGCCGGAACCUUUUGUCUAGCUUGUCGUUAUUAAUCUGGUCGUGGGAAAGAUAAUUACUAAAAAAGUCCUUCCUUUAAAAGUCUUGUUUGACAACUUCCCGCAGUCUUGCCGUGUUUGUGAGUCUUAAAACGUCAAAAACGUGAAAAGAAUCUCGGUCAAAUCUACUUUUUCAGGGUCUUAACAGACCUGGGGUCUUAAGUUAAUUACACAGAUUCGAUGAUUACAUUCAUAUUCGUUUGUUUCAGCCGCCGUUUAUAUGUAACAGUUUUAAGUCCAAUUUUAUAUAACCUAGCCUGCGUCGUAGACGGACUAAAUCCUAGCUUGUGAACAGUGAUAUAGUCUUCGAGUUCUCUACGCAAGCCUCGAGCGGUAAGUCCGACUGCAACUCAGGCUGUCAUAACAACGGUCUUUUGCAUCUGCUCAAUUGGCAGUUCACUCCUGAUUCGGUUUAUUUUAUUUCAUUUUUUUAUUUGUUCUUCCCAAAAAUGCAAAAUGAAAACGGAAACAACAAAACUGUAUAUUAAGCAAAGCAUUCUGUUUUUCUGUAAAUUUGCAACAUUGAUCAGUCAAAACCGUUCGCGACUGACAACUUCAGCUGUCCAAUCAAUCACCGCGACCAGCUUGUUUGCUUGAUUUUGUUUUUGUUUUGAUUUUUUUAACGAUCAUAAAAAAACACAUCUAAUUUAUGAAUCAGUCAAGUACAAAAUGAAUUUCUACAGAGUCUUUUCACUCCCGUGGCCAGCGUCUAUGCAAAUUUAUCGGAACAAAAGAAGGCGUUUAUAUACAAAAAUAGAGUUCAACUCCUACAUGAUUGGUUAGCGGACGGACCAUUAGAAAACUUAUGGGGGGGCGGGGGGGCGAAGUACAAAAAAAAAUACUCGCGCAAGAGAAAAUUAAACGAAGAACCCUAAGAAACAUUCAUGCUAUGACCUAAAAAAAUUCCAAGGAAUUUGAUAACGAAAAAAAAUUCCUGUGGCUCGAAAAUUCCCCUCCCCCGCCCCCAUAACUUUUCCGUCCCUUAGGAACACCAACAUGGCCGCCGUUUCCUUGUUUUGGGACACCAAUAAUGCCGCCGUGACGUCGUGUGAAGACAGACGCUGUAUUGGUACUAUAUUCAGGACUUGUGAAUACUGUGGCACAUUUUUGUUUGAGGCACUACAGUAUUUCCUUUUUUGGGGCCUUACAUUGAAGAGUCUUGAUAUAUUUGGUCAAUUUGACAAGCACUCUGGUACGCUAAUCUAUACCUCAUCGUCUGUCUUUGUUCUGUCUACGGUGAACGUCCCCAGCUGAAGCGCCGCUUCUUCUUUCAGCGGACGACUUCGGGAUUUCUUUUCAAUGGCGAUACCAAAGAUUAAAACCAUGAUGGCAAAAUCGCAUAAUUUUCGAAGAAACUUUAUAGCAUACCUUGACCUAAUUGUCUUUUCAGCGAUUUCUAAGCCCUUUAAUAUCCCGUAAUUGUUAGCAGCAAUGCAGAGAUUCAGUAUUAACGAUGCUGCGGUUAUUAAAGGUGCUGAAAGCACCAACUGGAUGAUCUUUUGCAAUCUUCUUUCUCUCGCGGAGCGACCUAGUUGUCGCGAGGAUUUUAAGUUCCUCCACAUUCUUCUCCCUGCCACUGCGUAUCCUACACAAAUUAGCAAUCCCCAGAUGAAGAGGUGUAUGUGCGAAAAAAAGCGCCAAAAUUUUCUGUUUUUCAACAAGACCAGCAAGUUGAAUGUGAGCAUAAUUGCUGUUAAAAGGGCCGUUAUGCCAAGCAAGGCCCAGAUGUUUUGAAGCUUUGGCGCGGCAAGCGAUGUCUUUGUCGUUUCUAGCAGUAUGAGAAGCAGUAUGCUUAGUGCAGACAGCAUCAAGGCCGUGGAUAGGCAGUCUACGAUUAGAGAUGCUGCGAAUAUUUCAUUUGGAGCAUCAUCAAGUACUUUUGGGCUCCAGAGUAAAGCGACGACUUUCAUCGUUGCGGCAAUAAACAACUGGAAAGUUGUGAAUCGAACGUAAAUACCGCUGCUAUGUGAAGGCUGUGUCCAUUGUCUAAUAAGGACAACUAAACAGCUCAAGGCGAAAACUCCGAACAAAGCUACGAAUAAGUAAGUGUAGAAGUCCCAAGACCAGUGAUCGAAGAAUUUGCGAGAACGUGACGGUGUAUGAUGUGUGGUUGUUGAAAGAGCCCUGGUAGUCGAUUGCGCGCUGCUAUUUGAGUUAUCCAGUUUAUCCAUGCUGCGGUUUGAACACGAGGGUAUUGAGAUUGGACCAUUUCAAAUACCGAAUUUGUUAAAAAAUUAAUGUGCUUUACUUGGCUGUUGAUCAUCAAUUAUAAAACCUGCAUAUUAAUGUGUUAUUCUCGUGUUUGUUAAAUAUAAACCUUAACGAGCAAUGUUUGUAUUAGAAAGGGUUGUUUUGAAGUUAAAACAAACGAGUUGUUCUAUUGAAUGGUUUUAGUAAUUUUAAUUUACCAAGCAGACAAGUCAAGGCAAUGAAAAUUUAAGACGUUACUCGGAAACGCGCCGAAUCUGUCCAACCAUCGCUACAUGGUUAAAAUCGUCCAUGGUCACCUGCACGAUACCUUUAAGCGACCAAUAGAGGCUUUCUUUGUCAGUUACGAAUGUCACUAAAUAAUGAUUAAUUUUUAUUCAAACCACGUAUUCAAGCGAAAAGAAAAUAACGCAAAUGGCCUUUUAAUUAUUAAUACGCUUCUUGCUGGCUGCUAUUAAAUUUCUAUUCAACAGCAACAUGGGUUAAUUUGAACAGUCGUUUCAGCUGCCAAUUUAAACUCAAAAUUUCCGUUUAUAACUGACCUUCCUAAAAGCUGUUACGACGUUUAAUAUUUCUCAAUCGCUUCAGUGGACAAUUUUGAUACAAAAUACCGAUUUUUAAUAACCUGCUCUUUCAUCACUGUUUGAUAUUCAUUCAGAAAAAAACGCAUAAUUAUUUUAUUUGUUAUUUCAUUUAUUAAAUUUUAUAAUCUUUACCAUAACCAAUUUUUUUUGCUUUUGUAUGCGUGCUCAUUUUGUUUCCAAUAUUUGCUUUUGAACUAAGGCAGUUAAUCUCCUGUAACAUCGGCCUUUUCUGACGGACCAGAACCUACCCUUCCCAGCUAGGAAAGAUUCCCUCUGCGCCUGGAUACCCCGAGAAAAUGUCCACUGCGUUUAUAAGCGUUUUAAGUUAAGGUUGUUUUCUGUUUUCAUUUCCUAAGAUUUUAUUGUGCUGCAUGAAACAUGCAUGAACAAUAAAUGCAAAUAUAUUUUCACUGCUAAUUGUACAACGCCCGCAUUUGCGCCACUUCCAGCAAGUUGCCUAGACAACUUAUGACACUUGCACUAAGUUACUGUGACAACGGAGGUUUCGUCAUAAAGGCCAAAAUUCCCCUUUUGAAACUACUAAAAACUUGUUUGACGAAUGGUAACAAAAAUCUUUAAAAUGAUCGAACAGUGAACAGUAGUAACAGACACUCGGCUCUGAAUUAUGGUCAAAGUUUCAAAGUGACUUCCUUGGGAAUUCAAAAAUGUGUUCGUAGCUUCAGAGGUGGUCGUUUACGAGAACGGGCUCUCGUAAGCGACCAGGUGAAACGCGUAUUUUACAUUAGAAGGGCAGUUACUUACGAGAGCUUUUAGCCAAAGUUUGACACAUGUUAUUUAUUACCGAUACCUCAUUUAGAUAAUGUACUACCUUAAAUUUAUCCUACGUGAGGUCAAUGCUUGAUCAAUGAGGUGUUGCAAUACUCGGGUCUUGACUGGAACUGUUUGCCUACAAGAGUGUUCGCAAGUAGUGCGUGGGCUGUAAUUUUCUGUUCUUUUCUCGAUUUUUGCAAUUUUUUCGAGUUCAAAGUCAAGUAUUUCAUUUCACUUUCUGUAAAAACAAUAAGAAUACUUCAGGUGUCUCUCAAUUAACUGACGCAAACAAAUCCUUUUUGGAAUAAAAAGCCCAAUAUUUCCACUUUUUUCUUUGAGUUGAAAAACGCAAGAUUGCCUCUCAAACCCUAAUUUCUGAUCCAUUAAGGUUAGCCUUCAGGCCAAUACCACAGGAUAAUUUGCACAGCUGGUUUGUGUACCACAUUUUUAUUCUAAUAUAUAUAUAUAUUUUUUAUUAAACUGCCGUGCAUACAUUGCUAGUAUAUGUCACCGUAAAUGUCAUGUAGUUUCUUUAAAUUCUAAAAUUUUAUGCAACGAUAUGAUAUUCCGAAUGCGACGGGACAUUUUCCAUUUGAUCAUUUGAAUAACAAAAAUAUUUAAGUUAGGAGAGUUUGGUCAUAUUUUUUAUUUCAUUUAAAAUGAUUUUUCACAAUUGAGCAAUAGGUUCUCUUUGAUGAGUUUUUUUAAAAAUCAAUUUUAUCGUUAGUUUUAUUACUAUUUUCUUUAGCUGCAAGCCCAUUAUCGCUCAUUACACUACCCUAAAACAAAGGAAAAUAAGAUUUAUAAGAAAGAAAAAAUCCCAACCACUAUAUACAUUCGGGAGUACGUCCUUCUUUCGAACUUCAUUCAAUGUCUCAUCUAUAUUCACAGGAUUGAUCCGGAUUUGCUCAUUUGGCAAUCUCAUAUUAAUAAUUUCGAAUUUGUACCAUGACUGACGUAAACAAAUCCUUUUUGAAAUAAAAAGCCCAAUAUUUCCCCUUUUUUCUUUCAGUUUAAAAACGCAAGAUUGCCUUUCAGACCCUAAUUUCUGAUCCAUCAAGGUUAGCCUUCAGGCCGCGGUUGUUCAAAUGUUGGAUAGCGCUAUCCACCGGAUAAAUCAUUAUCCGGGGGAUAACUAUUGGGGAAACUAAUUGCAAUAUCCACUGGAUAGAGAUUUGUCCGGUGGAAAGUGCUAUCCAGCCUUUGAACAACCGAGGCCAGGCCAAUACCACAGGAUAAUUUGCUCAGCUGGUUUGUGCACCACAUUUUUAUUCUAAUUUUUUUUAAAUUAAACUGCUUUGCAUACAUUGCCAGUAUGUCACCGUAAAUCCAUAGUAGUUUCUUUAAAUUCUAAAAUUUCAUGCAACGAUAUGAUAUUCCAAAUGGGACGGGACAUUUUCCACUUGGUCAUUUGAAUAACAAAGAUAUUUAAGUUAGGAGAAUUUUAUCAUUUUUUUUUAUUAAUGAUCUUUUACAAUUGAGCAAUAGGUUCUCUUUGAUGAGUUUGGUUUAAUUCAGUUUUAUCCUUAGUUUUAUGUCUAUUUUCUUUAGCUGCGAGCCAAUUAUCGUUCAUUACACUACCCUAAAACAAAGGAAAAUAAGAUUUAUAAGAAAGAAAAAAAUUGAACCACUAUAUACAUUUGGGUGUAAUUCCUUCUUUCGAACUUCACUCAAUGUCUCAUCUAUAUUCACAGGAUUGGCUGAAUUUGCUCAUUCGGCAAUCUCUUGUAACAUACCGUCGACCUUUAGUCGUAUUCCCGUAAUUGAGAGUAAAUUUUUUCACCUGCGGUCUCUCUCUUUUCACGACAAUUCCAAAAUUAUUAGUUAACUUUGUUCACUAUGAUAGUCUUGUCCAUGUCUUGUUCUUCCCUGUGGUGUUUACUCGUUGUGUCGUCGCUGAAUGUUCCGAGCGUUAUUGCCGGAGCGUCAUUCACAAAGCGGCCCCUGACUUUUUUCCACACAACGAUUCCAAAGAUCAAAGACAUUACGGCAAACUCGCCACUUCUUUUUAGAAACAUGAUUGCAUAUGUUGACCAAAACCACUCUCUAGUUACCUUUCUACCUGUGUACAAGCUGUAGUUCUUUGCGUCCAGUACAAUACUCAGCACUAGCAUCAGUGCAGCUAAAAAAGCUGAUAUAAAUACUUGCCUGAUAAUAUAUUUUGAUCUUGGCUCGCCCGUAGCGCGUCCUAGUUGUCGCGAUGAUUUUAAGUUCCUCCACAUUCUGUAUCCUGCAACGAUGUAUCCGACGCAAAUUACUAUUCCCAAGACGGAGAGAAUCGAAUUCGAAAGUAAAUGCCAGAUUCCUCGGAGCCUGUAGAAUACUAGCAAGCUAAAUAUCAGUAAAAUUGCUGUAUAAGCAGCCGUAAUACAAAGCAAAACCCAAAUGUUCUGUAGCUUUGGAGCUGUCAGUGAAGUCUUGGUUGUUUCUAGAAGUAUAAGAAGCAGAAUGCUAAAUGCGGAUAGUAUUAAAGCCUCCGAGAAGGACUCUAUGAAUAAGUCUGCCAUGAAAAUUUCCUUUGGCGCAUCCUGUAAGAACAGUGGAAUGAUGAGAUGUCUGAGAAAUUUGAGCGUUGCAGCAAGUAGUAACUCAACUGUUAUAAAUCGGCCAUGAUUAUUUCCGUUUCUUGCAGCCUGUACCCAUUGCUGAACGAAAGCAAUGAAAAUGAUAACCGCCAAUGCUCCGAACAGUGUUACGAAUGUGUACGAAUAGAGCUUCAAAGCCCAAUGAUCUGAGAGUUCGUUAGGAUUAGGGGAUGAAUUGUACAUGCUCAUUCGAUGAUACGUUGUGAAGAGUAUCUCCGAAAUUCGUAUUUUCUGACAUAUUUAGAAACUAUCCGGUAAUUUGCCAGUAAUCGGUUAAGAGAGAUGUUUAUCAUAAGGUGAAUCCAUAUGCUAAUGAUGUGUAUUAAGAACAGGUAGAAAGAACCAGCUGGGAACUAGUUUUACUCAAAAAGAAACGUACGAGUCAAGACAGUAAGUUUCUUGUCAAUCAAAAUUAUGUUUUGAGCUGGAAUGGACAAGAUAAUUGUUAAGGAUGAAGCUGUUAUAAAAAACUUAUUUUUGUGCCUACAAGAUUAACAAUAAAGGACAAAUAAAGGAAAAAACACUUAGUAUGGUUGUCGUGUGCUUAAAACUGGCGUUCCCCGUUGGCCAUGAACGGAAUCCCAAAUCACUACUUUAAUGGGUUUGAACGCGGUCGCUCAUUUCAGCCACAAAAUAGGGGAAGUAACACAGGAGGCGUUUCAAUCAGUCGAGAAACAAACACUCUAACAGUCUGUUUCUGAGUGGUUAAAAAAACUUGGAUUUAUCAAACCACUCUGCACAAUUUCCUACGAUGUAAAUCCCUCAAGUUUUUACAAGAAUUCAGCUAAGGAUUUGCUCGCGAAAACGUGAAAAGUGUUCAUCACGUUUUUCGAGAAAUACUUCAAGGGGUAAUAUAUCUGCCCUGGGGCAAUGAAUGAUUUUCCAGUAAUCGGAGACUUAGUUAUACGCACAGGUUUAUGGGAUCGCCAGGGGGCAAACAGUGCAAGUAUCUCUUUAUUAAAAACUCAUGAUCUGACUCCACGUACUAAGAAAAUUCAGAUAUGACGUCAUGACGGGAAAAACGUGUGAUAUAAUUACAGCAAACGGAAAUACGAAAUCAGUGUAGGUACAAAGAUUGGCAGAAUAGCUACGGUUUAUUAAUCGGCUGCUGGCAAGGUACAGUUUUCUAAAUAUGCCAGAAAACAAGGAUUUUGGAGAUACUUUGUUCGCAAACGCACCCUCGAACAGGUACAAUCCAUCCUCGAAUCCUGACGAACUCUCAGAUCAUUGGGCUUUGAAGCUCUAUUCGUACACAUUCGUAACACUGUUCGGAGCAAUGGCGGUUAUUAUUUUCAUUGCUUUCGUUCAGCAGUGGGUACAGGCUGUUAGAAACGGAAAUGCUCACGGCCGAUUUACAACAGUUGAGUUACUACUUGCUGCAACGCUCAAAUUUCUCAGGCAUCUCAUCGCUCCACUGUUCUUACAAGAUGCGCCAAAGGAAAUUUUCAUGGCAGCCUUAUUCACGGAGUCCUUCUCGAAGGCUUUGAUGCUAUCUGCAUUUAGCAUUCUACUUCUUAUACUUCUGGAAACGACAAAGACUUCACUGACAGCUCCAAAGCUACAGAACAUUUGGGUUUUGCUUUGUAUUUCGGCUAUUUUUGCAGCAAUUUUACUGGUAUUUAGCUUGCUAGUAUUCUACGGGUUGCGAGAAAUCUGGUAUUUACUUUCAAAUACGAUUCUCUUCAUCUUGGGGAUAGCAAUUUGUGUCGGAUACAUCGUUGCAGGAUACAGAAUGUGGAGGAACCUUAAAUCAUCGCGACAGCUAGGACACGUUACGGGCGAGCCAAGAUUAAAACAUAUUAUCAGACAAGUUUUUAUAUCAGCUUUUUUAGCUACCCUGAUGCUAAUACUUGAUCUCCUGAUGGCUGCUAAAAUCUACAGGUUGUACACACGCAGACAGGUAACGAGGGUGUCGUUUUGGUCAACAUAUGCGGUCAUGUUUCUGGAAAAAACUGUCGAGUUUGCAGUUAUGUCUUUGAUCUUUUGGAUCGUCGUGUGGUCAAAAGUCAGGGGCCGCUCUGUGAACGACGCUCCGGCAAUAACGCUCGGAACAUUCACCGAAUGUACUCUGAGGAAUCACAAAGGGGAAGAAAGGACAAGAUGCAGAGAAGACUUUGAGGGGACACAACUUUAAUAAAUAAUUUUAGAAUUGUCAAGAAGACAAAGCCGAGCACUGUAAGUGUGGUACCAGAAGUGUAGGCGGCAAAAUCACUUAAAAUUGUGAGAAUAAGGUAAAUGUUGACAUCACGCUAACGGUAGAAUAACAUUAAAUUCGAAGUUGUUGUGAAAAUGCUGAAUAAAGAUUUAAAAACAUUAACUGAAGACUGAAAGAAGAACGUACACACAAGGUGUAUGUUGGGUUCCUUUUUUCCUUUCUUUUUAAAUGUCUUUUUCCUUCGUUUUUGGGUGUAGUAGUGAGUGAUUAACUAUGAGUUUGAAUCCAAAGAGAAUAAAAUUAACAACAAAAUGCACGUCAAAGAGAACCUUCAUUGUAUUGCACCAAUUGAGAAAAAUCAUUGAAAAAAUAACUUUUGUCAUUCAAAUGACAAAAUGCCAUUGAUAAAUGUCCCCUUUCAUUCUGAAUUUAAUAUCACUGCAUAAAAUUUUAGAAUUUUACAAUUUUAGUACAUUUACAGUGACAACAUACACGGAUAAUUUAUUCAAUGUAGUUUAAUUGAAAAAUAAAGGCUAAAUGAAAAAUCCGCUAUGUAUCCCUAAAGGGCUAUCAUAACGGAUCCUGAACAAGGGUCUGCAAAGAAUUCUUCUGUUUUUCAAACUAAUAAGAAAAAAAUGGACAUACUGGGCUUUCUAUUCCAAACAUGAUUCUUGAGGGUCUGUUAAUUUGAGCGACAAGUUUACUGUCCGUGUUGUUUUUUUACAGCAACUAAAAAAACAUACUUUGUACCUGACAACUAUUUACAAAUCGACGACAUCUAAGGUGGUUGUCACUUUUCUUCAAACAGAAUUUUAGUUUCUAAAGUGACCGAUGGAUUUUGUUUUAACAGGAGGAAAAAUUUAAGAUGGGCUUUUAAAAGGAAAUAUGGCUCUUGAUUUAUUCGUUUUACUCAGCUGCUUUCUGUUCGUAAUUGAACUGGUUCGCGUUCACCAUUUUACGUAUGUGUGACCGUAGAUCUAUCGACAUGUUAGAGUAGUUUGUAAAAUGUGGGUGAAGGAAAAUUUCAAAGUUAUGCCGUCAGUUGCGUCAUUUAAAACAUAGAUAAAAAUGAGUUUUGCUUUAUUCGUCAUUGAUUUUGAGCAGUUACGUGAAAGGUUCUACUGCUGGAACUUCGUUCUUGAACGCUUAGCCGAGUUGUACUGUUGGGUGCCUUCCCUACCAGGACUGCUGCAGAUGUGUUUAUUCGUCAAUACCACUUAAACGCAUAAAUUCAUAAUCAACCAUAGGGAAACUUCCCACUAGCGGUCAUCCUCGUUCACGAAUAAUAUAGGGCUAUGAAAUAAAAGGCGCGAUCACUUGAGCAGAGUAGGCGCGGUUUGUCGAGAUGACUUUCCAAAGUCUUUCUGAAGUCAGGCUCUAGUACCAGAGGGAGUUGUUGUUCGAGUAUUUCGUAUCACGUAAGGCAGUCUUGGACUCUACAGGGCCGCAUUCUUCAAAGCAGGGUUAAGAUAACUCAGGGCUAGUGGGGAGUUUAAAUUCAGAUAAGAAGGCUUAAAAAGCAAAUUCUGUCUAAUUCUUUUUGCCUGCAUUGUAAUGAUUUGAUGCUGUAUAAAGAAUAAAGAAAGUUCUCCGAUAAAAUGCUUUUGAACAGCCGGGCCGAGUUGUUCAAAGCUGGGUUAAGAUAACCCAGGGUUAGUUCGAGAUUUGAAUUAAGAUUUGAAAGCUUAAAAAGCAUUUCAGUUUUAAUUCUUUUUGUCUACAAGUUGAUAAUUGGAAGCUCCUAAAAUAACAGAGAAAUUGUCCGAGAAAAUGCUUUUGAACACAAGAAAAGGAAACUAGGGUUAAAUUUGACGCCAGGUUAAGCGCUAAUCGGCCUUCGAACAACUGGACCCAGAAGAAUAAGAAAGACAGAUUAAAAUGUUAUCCCGGAUUAGCGGUAAUUUAGCCUCCCCCGCAGGCGUUUUUGGGCCGAGUUCUUCGAACAGGAUUCCGAAUGCCAUUAACAAAAAUUUCCUGUAUUCUGGAAUUCGGACCUUACAUGAGACAAGGAUUCACACUGGAAGAAAUCUAGAACUUUGAUAUGUUGUUGGUCUUCCUAGUAUUUCCUCAUUUCAUCUUCAUCAAUGUUUCACUGCGUCAGCGGAGCUUUGCCUCCUCCGCAAUUGCAAAGUAAUUUUAAGUUGUGCAUUGCUGUCGUCUCGGCUUCUUUCAGCUUAUUUCUCGCUUGUUAGUGUCGUAUCUUCCACGAAAGUUCCCAAUUGUACUGCUGGGCCAUCAUGCACAGAACGGCCUCUAUGUUUAGUGGACACGACAAUGCCAAAUAUCAAAGCCAUCAUAGCAAACUCACAACUUCUUUUCAGAAAUAUCAGUGUAUACCUUGACCAUAUUGUUCUGCUAGUUAUCUGUCUGUCUGCAAAUAAUAGGUAGUCUUUAGCGGCCAACGAUUGAUCUAGUGCUAGCAUCAGCAAAGCCGUAAAAGCUGCCAGAAAUGCUUGUUUUACUAUGUAUUUUAAUCUCAGUUCGCUCCUAGACCGACCAAGCUGUCGCGAGGAUUUUAAGUUCCUCCACAUUCUAUAUCCUGCGACAGUAUAUCCGAUGCAAAUUACUAAUCCCCAAAUGAAAACAACGAAGUUGGAAAUUAAAAACCAGAUUUCUCGACUUCCGUACAGGACUAGCAAGUUUAAUGUCAGCAGGACUACAAGAAAAACAGCCGUUAUGCCAAGCAACAUCCAGAUGUUUUGGAGCCUUGGAGCGGCCAAUGAAAUCUUUGUUGUUUCUAGAAGUAUGAGAAGCAUAAUACUGAACGUAGAUAGCAACAAAGCCUUUGAGAAUGUCUCUAUUAGCAACGAUGCUAAAAAGAUUUCAGUAGUUGCAUCGCCUAAAGAUGUCGGCGUGCAGAGGUGGCCGAUGACUUUAAGUGUUGCAGCAAGGAAUAAUUGAACUGUUGUGAAGCGACCAUACAUAUUCCGGCUUGGAGAGUCUUGCAUCCAUUGUCGAAUAAAAGCAACGGCACAAAUGACCGCUAAAGCACCAAACAGGGUUGUGAAUAGGUACGAGUAGAGAUCCCAAGCCCAGUGAUUCGGUAUUUUGUCAAGAUUGCGAGAUAGAGUAUAGGAGGUCGGAGAUAUGUUCAUGGCGUGCGAAACAGCUGAAAAUGCGUUCAUGCUGUUGCACUUCGUGUCGCAGCGUUUGCUUUGUAAACAGCUUAUACCUUAGUCCUAGUUACAAAGCCGUGGGUUUUGCAUAAAUAAUUACCAUUUCAAACCCCUAUUGAAUUGCAUUGAAUUAUUUCUUUACACUGUAAAUUUCUAUUAGUAAGUGCUUUCUUUGCCGUGACAAUUUUUCCUUUGUUAUCGGACUGUAUUCUUUCUACAUUGAAAGUCAAUCCAACCAUAUAUGGGUUUUGUCUUUUUGUUUUUGUUUCUGCCUUGUUUGUUUGUCGGCUCUUAAAGUUCGAGCCAAUCUCGGAACCCGCCCGUCCACAUGAUCCGGAUAUUUUUGAAAGGCGUUAUAGUUUUUUUUUACAAAUAGGCCGUGGACGAACGAGCGAUUCACUGAUUUCGUGUGGUUUCAAAAAUAUUCGGAAUCGUGUGAACGGUGCUUCAGUCUCUACGUUUUAACAGAUACAGAUACUUAUAGGGGACUUGUGUCGAUUUGCUUUAAGCGCCGGAUACCUUAAGCGUCCGUAAUACAAUGUAAUAGUAUAAAAGACUAACGCUGCUUUCAUAUCUGGGAAAUACGCCCGACGGAUCGUCGCCUAGUGGACUCAGUCUGGUGUUGACCAGAGUCAAACAAAAGAAUUUUGCAAAAGUAAUCCAAUUAUUUUGAAGCUAAGGAGUAAAAUUUUUUAUUCUUUAAGUAAUAUAUCAAUCAUGAAACGCAGUGUUUGAUCACCAGAUAAAACACCGAGAAGAGAGUUGAAGAUACGACGCCCAGCAGAGUAUUUUGACGAACUUCGAGGUGUUUCAUGUGGUGAUGAAACACUGUGUCGAAUGCUUGAUAUUACUUCUCAAACAAAAUGGUUUUAGAAGGAGAAAUUAAGGAUUCAAAAAAGAGCAGUUUUUCAUCUGAUUUCCAAACACUCAUUAAACAUUUAUUAAAAUUUUCUUGUAUUUCCUUUUUGAAUUAUCAAUGAGUUUGAGAAGUUAAUUAUUAUUAUUUUUUUUUGCUGAAUUUUUUUUAUUGAAUUAAAGACGAGUUUUACAAUGUUACUUAAGAAUAAACAUUAAUUAAAUGAAUCAAAUUAUACAAUUCUACUAAAAAAAAGAAAAAAAAGAAAAAGGAUAACAAUAACAACGAUAAAUAUAUGUAUAUAUUACAACAACGACGAUAACAAUAAAGAUGCCUACUAAUUUUAACGAACCUACGUGUAUCAACUACUACAAAGUGCAUUAGUUAUCUUCUCCCACUUUUGAUAAUGAAAAAGAAGUUUCUUUUUCUCCCUGGCGAUAUGGAGCUCAAUAUUGAAGAAGUUAAUUAUAAUACCAGUAUACGCACCAACCUAAAUUGCUUAGAUGUCGAUCAGCUGCACCUACUACCCUGCAGUUCUCAUUGAGAAAAUGCGUAGCCGACAAUCAUUUUAUUAAUUUGUUUUUUUUUUUAUGUUCCAGGUACGUGAGUCUGGGAGGAGAUUCAGCUUUACAUGAGAACGCAUCUCGUUUGAAGGAGUUGGAGGGACGAGCUCAGAAAACAGAGGAAGAAAAAGAAGCCGUUUCUAGUGAAAUCGACAAGCUGAAGGAAGACAUCGCUAAGCAACAGGUUAGUUAACCCUUUAAGUACCAAGAAUGACCAACAUCAAUAUUCUCCUGACGAUGUCAAUUUAAGAUAAUAGGUUAGGAGAAUUAACAGAAUGAUCAUCUACUAAGGGAAAAUGCUGUGAUCGUUUCUCAAUUUUAUUUAUAUAUUUAUUUGUACAGGAACAUUUGGUUCAGCGUGGCUAAUUUAAACACAGUCCGGUAAAAACAAACAAACAAGCGAACGAACAAAAUAUAACCAAAGAGAAUCAAUAUACAGAGAGUGGCGCACUAAAAGUACGUAGACACGCGACAGCCUGGCCCUUGAAAUGCCAAGGACUUGAACGUAAAUUCUCUCAACCAAUUCUUUAAUGAAAUGUAACUAUGGCGAUCAGUCUGGAGAAUUUGUAUUGAGACCUUGGGGCUUAAGAGAUUAAUAAUUUACGUGUAGUGUAAAUUUUUCGCCUUGCUCAUACGUCUGUACUUGUGCCAUUUGUUUAUGUCUCCUGUAGAUUCGUGCGCGUGAGCUUGAAGAUAAUAUGCAGCUGAAAAGCACUCAAGAAGAGAUUCAGAACAUCGAGAAGAAAAUAAACGAUGUUAAGAGAGAACUCAAAAAGUUUGGAGAGCACCAGGACCUUGUGACGUAAGAAUAUGGGUGGGGGGGAGGUUCUUGUUCAAAUGUUAUUGCUAUUAUUUCUCCAAUUUGCCAUUUUUUACGUUUUGAACUUCUUUCCAAUUUUCCAUUUUUUUCGUUUUUAACUUCUUGCCAACCAUUUCACGUCGGUUUAUUUCGUUCUCUUCUAGUCAGAGGCAAGAUCUACAGCAACAGUCUGAUGAAUUAAGGAAGAACGUAAGUUGUAAAGUCACACGCUUUUUUGUAUUAAUUCACAUUUUCACUGCUUGCCUCUGAUCUGUUUUAUUAUUAUUAUUAUUAUUAUUAUAGAAAGCGCAUUAUGAAGGGCGGCUGAGAGGCUUCGACGAUGAGGUGAAGAGAUGUCAGAGGGAGCUGCGCAGUGACUUAUACAAAAAUGCUGACGAGAAGCACAGACAGCAGAUCAUUGCUCUGAAAGUAUGUAGUAGUAAAGAGUAGACAAGCUCGCAAAUUGUCAGUUUUGAAAUGUUUAUGGAUCUCCAGAGGUAGAUCUUCUAGUUUCAGUUAGUUAACGGUAGUGUAGCCUCCGCGUGAACGAGGUUAGAGGUUUGGGCGAAUUCUUUAUAAAUGUUUUUUGUCCCAGGCUCUUUAAAGUGAACAAAUCUAUGUUUUAUUGUUGUAAUUUCUGAUGGACUCACUUGUACCCUGGGUACCAGAGGCUUUUCAUGCACGGUUUCCGGUUUCGGUCAAGUCCUUAAAAAAGUGACCCGCGCGAAAAGUUUUUUCUCGCGGCUUCGCCGCUCGUCUCUUCGACCUUCGGCCGAAGACGUGUCGACGGCCGACUAAGCUCCUCGUCAAACGCGAGAAAAAACCUCUGGUACCCAGGGUAACUCACUUGGUAAACCUGUUCUUUCAGACAACUGAAAUGGCAAAUGCAGACCUUGAAAAAUACUACAAAGCACUGGACGGGUAAGGCUAUGACACAUUUAAACAAAAGUUAGUUAGAACUUUGAGAGUUUCAGUGAUCAACCGAAUUUUGCUGAAUCGCCUGAACACUUUCGAUUGAUUCUUCAGGGCUAUCAUGCGUUAUCACGGCCUAAAGAUGGCAGAGAUAAAUAAAAUCAUCAAAGAGUAUUGGAUCAACACUUACAAGGGGAAUGGUAAGUUCAUGUCCGUCAGUUUCAACAGAAACAGACAAACUACGGGAUGAACGUAUGUAGGUUUUCUGCCACAGACUCAAAAAGCCAUAGCAUCUUGUACAGGAAGACACACGUUGUUUCCACAAUAUAUAGUUUCAUCUGAAUGGCUGGGUCACUACUAAAAAGUUUAUUCAUCUUCUUAUUCCAACUGUUAACCCUUUAAGCCCCAAGAUCCAAAUACAAAUUCUCCAGACCGAUCUCCAUACAUUUCUUUUAAGAAUAGUUGAGAGAAUAUGGUUCAAGAUCAAAGUAUUCUCCCUUUGAUCAUCAAUUUAGUAAUUCUCAUAACCUUUACUCUUGUUGAUCUGCUGAUGUUGUCAGGAGAAAAUUGAUAUUGGACACUCUGGGGACCUAAAGGGUUAAAGCAAGUAGAGUGACAGUACCAGAAAGUCCAGAUUAAUAAGAUAAGAAGCAAAAGCCGUUGCUUAUCGCGACUGUCGAAGUCGUUCAAAAUAGGAUAUAUCUAGCACGGAGUGUUUAAUGCGAUACUCAGAAGCAGAGAAGUAGAUUUGAUAUUGGAUAGAACGCUUCCUGUCUUAAACCCUUUCGACUCUUAAACCACGUUAUGGUGUAAGUAUGUUGAUGAAAUCAUCUUAAGCUGUUACCAUUCAAUUAGCAGACAAUUUGGCAGAAUUUUAAUACACUGCUUAUAAUUUCCUAGGAUUUUACAAAACGCAAAGUCGAUUUGUUUAUUUUUUAAAUUGUUUUUUUUUUUACUCAUUAUUAGUAGUGGUAGGGUUACAAUGCACUUUCAAAUCUCCUUUAGUUUGUCAUGUAUACGAGUUUAUCAUACGUCUCUAUCUAUCUCAUGCAGAUAUCGACACCAUUGAAAUUCGGUCAGAUGAGGAGGAAGGAAGCGGAGCAUCGAAAGCACGACGGACAUACAAUUACAGGGUAACCUAUGCUUGUUGCCUGACUUGUCUUAUUUACUCCUCUUUCGUUUACAACAUUUUUGAUCCACUGAACCGGAAAAGACGUUGACCUCUUCGGUCGGAAGUAUGUAAGUUAGCACAGGUUGCGAACUACUAAGUACGAUAAGCACAGUCAUAUUUAAGGUUUCAGCCAGAUUUACAUUGAUAUCCAAAGUUUUCAGUUGAUCAUCCACGGCUUCGACUUAACGUGAUAUAAUUUAACUGUAAAAAUCACGCGCCAUUUUCUUGACCAAUCAGAAGUAAGAUCCAAAGGUUAUUAGGACAGACGUUUUCCCGCGCUUUUGACUGUCAACGAAAAUAGCAUCAAGUUCUGAUUGGUUCAUUUCAGUUGCUGCUUGUAUAAUGAUUGGUUCUCUUGGUUUACUUGUACUAUCACGUGAUCUGAAAUGAGAAAACAAGCAUACAAGCUGAAAAGGUCUCUUAUGAUUGGCUCUUUUGAGUAUUUGCUCGUGUUUUGAUUGGUUCAUUUGAACUUCUGCACCUAUUAACGACCGGCUAAGGUAAUCGCAUUGUACAUGAUUUAACUACUACUCUUAACUAUAACCCCUCCGCCAUUAGGUUGUUAUGCUUAAAGGCGACACUGCCCUGGACAUGAGAGGACGCUGUAGCGCUGGACAAAAGGUGUGUAUUUUUGUCGUAUUUUGGGUCCCCCCUCCCCGCACUAAUGCUGAUGCCUUUACUAAGAAACCUAAUUUACUUGUAUUUUCGCCCUGCAUUCUCAGUUGAUUCAAUAACUGAGAUGAAAACGCCCUCCGAAAAGGAGUCAUUUGAAACGAAGGUGUAAGAAUGCUCAUGUCAUUUGUAUGCGAUUCAGUUUUCCAGAACGAAAUUUUUAAAAUGAAAAAUCCAUCAGCACAUGCACCUACUGCUACCAGCCUUUAAUUUAUCGUAUGAGUUUGUAGCGCUUUAUCCGUUAACGUUUUUUGAAAUAAUGGAAAUAAGGGAAACGCACAAAAUCAGCGCGAGAGUUUUUCCGUGGACUGAUGUAGCACCGGUGUACAGCGCAAUAAUCGGCUAGUAAGCGGUGGGUAUACACGAAUGACAAACACUUUGAAAUACGUCGCAAGUAAAUAUGUUCCCAUCUGAAUCACUUGAGAAAUUUUUUUCAGUGAUUAACUAAAAUAAACUUUGUUAACAUUGUUUAAUUUCAGGUCCUGGCGUCACUGAUUAUCAGAUUAGCCCUGGCGGAAACAUUUUGUUUGAACUGCGGUAUUCUUACGCUUGACGAACCAACUACCAACUUGGACGAAGACAAUAUCGAAAGUUUGGCCAACCAGUUGGCUUCGUAAGUCUUCAUUUGUUCUUCUUGAAGUGAGAUAAUUUAUCAGUUGCAAAUUAAUACAAACGGCUGUUUCUGUUGAUGUUGUUACGUCGGUUCUCAUUUAACCGCCGCCUUGUUAGCUCAGGUAAGCGCCGGUCUACUGUCGAGCGGGAGACCGCUGGUUCAAACCCCAGCCGGACCAACACUCAGGGUAUUCAAAUAACUGAGAAGAAAGUGAAAUGACACUGCAAACGGUUAUUUCUAUUCUUCUGGGAUGUGGACGAUAAACUGUAGACCCCUUCUCAGAACUCCGCACAUAUAAUUAAUUCUAUGAGACGGCACUGUUUGUAAAGAGUAAGGGAUGUUAAAUCCCUGGCAUGGUGGUCUGUCUUAAUUUCACACUCAAAUUAGGGGACACCUUUGGGACCGGCACUAAGUGUCCGUCUAAGAGUGAUGUUCGUCUUAUCGAGAGUCGAGUAAAGGGAGUAAAAAAAGGCAGGGACCAACUCUAGGUGUCCGUUUAUGGAGGUGUCCGUUUUAAGGCAGCCGACUGUACUUGCAAACUGCACCAUAAGCAGUCUAGAGUCCCCCAACUGGUGUUGUAAAUUUUCCCUUGAAAGCAAUUUAGCAAGUGAAGUAUUUUUUCCUUUUAUUUCACAGAGUUAUCAGGACUAGACAACUUCAGAGGAAUUUUCAACUCGUGAUCAUCACUCAUGACGAAGAGUUUGUAGAGAACCUUGGCAGAGCGGACUUCGUGGACUAUUACUUCAGGAUCUAUAAAGACGAGAGGUAAGAUGACAAUGAUCGUAACCGCCUUUAUUCCCUCCGAUCUUUCACUGCUAGUCUUCAGGGCUGUUCACACUUGUGUGCCUAAGCAAUAAUUCCUUGUGUUGUGUUGACACCUUGUGUACCAGACGUGUACAUAUUUACUCCAUUUUGCCCUGCCAGACGCCAGUUUGAAACGGGAGCGUAGCAGACAAAAAUUAGCGGUUUGCUUCGGAAUUAACGGAAGACCUGGACACAAAGGGGCCCAAAUACAAGGUCUAGAGCUUUACUGAUCGUCGCGCUUUUGUUCAUCCGACUCGAAGAGUCAGGUCAGUCAUCAGUCUUUUGUGAGGCGUAUAAGAACCAAUUAGUGACCAUCCCUAAUUUCUGUCUUUAGGCAACACUCGCUUGUAAAUUGAAGUCCUGCUCUGUUAUGUUGGCCUUUCCAAGCCCAUGUGAUUAAUUCUAUUUCUUUACUAGACAUAUUUAGCUCGUAUGUUUUGUUUUCCCAAUGAAAGUCACAGAGGAAUUUGCUACUGUGUCUUUUCAUAAAUUAUGCGUACAUGUGCAAAUGAAUAAGACGAAAUCUGAAUGAAACAGUUCUCUGGGGUAUUACCACAUGACCUUCAUUAGGGUUUUCCGAUUUAGCGGAAGUUCUGCGGAAGUGGAACGAGCCAGUUUCAAAUGAGUUAAAUUUCUAGCCUUUCUCUACGUGAAAUUCGUUUAACGCCGACUAUAUGUAAGUAAAUUACUGGGUUGUUUAUACCUUGCACUUCACGAGACCAACUGCAGCGCUCAACUUUAUAUUAUUCUUGCAAAGUUGAAUAUGAUUCGAUUCACCAAGAAAAUCAGGAUUCACGGAAAUAAUUUCCAUGGCGAACUCUUUAGAGUCUGAGGCUGAAGAAGACGAGAAAAAAAAAAUGAAAUAUUCCUCUUCAGCCCCCAACAAAUCACAGCACGUAAAUAGUGCAAGCAAAAAUCACAAUACACCGUGAAAUUCGGGCUUUGCACUCUCAGAAACAAAGGUGUUUAAGUAUGGAAAGUGAUAAUGUUUCAAAUGCUGGGUUUUUAUACAUAGUGGGAACUCAUGGAAUUUCGCGCCAGUGUCAAAAAAUAUUUGCAUUCGCUUAGUAGUUGGAUUGCACCCAUAACUAUGAUUGCACAUUCUGCGGUUUGUAUAAAUUUAUUGAGCUUUUGCCAUAGUUUUCAACCCUCACCCUAACUACCCACAAAAUGCACAUAGUCGAAAAAUAAUGCAAAUGAGUCCUCUUGUAAAAAAAAUUACCAAGCAUGUUCGUCCUCAUUUACCCUUUUACAAGCCAGAUAUUUUGCAUAAACAAUGACAUCAUGCAAAGAUUUACUUAUAACAAAAAAAUCGAGAUGACCUUUUACAGUAUAGUGGCACCAAUGUCACAUCUCGGAAAAAGGGCUCAAACUUCCGCUAAAUCGGAAAACGCUAUUGGGAAAACAAAACAUGCAAGCUAAAUUGGUGCAGAUAGAUUAGUAAUUUUUGCAAAUUAACUGAUAGUUACAUAUUGCCUCCGUCAGUCCAAUUAUUCGGACGAAACCUAAGACUGUUGAAUUCCCUAGGGUAGAUUCGAAGCAAUGGACAACUGUCAUCCGUGGCACAGACCAGUGGGUUCCGUUCCUCGCCCCUACUUAUUCACUUCUGCCACUCUCCGAAUACCUGAUCACACUGCAACAAAGUGUGGUACAAAGUCUAUUCGAUAUGUGACGCUUCCCUUUCGAGAUCGGAAGCGCAGCGCACCUUCGCUCCGUAAAAGAAAUCGCGCCGAAAUCACCGCUCUUACCUUAUUAUAGGAAAUUAACGCUCCAUGAAAUUAACGCGAAUCGUUAAAAUUCGCGUUAAUGUAAGUCGCGUAAAUUUUGUUGAGCGUUAAUUUCCGCGACGUUAAUUAAGUGCAGCGUUAAUUUCGGCGCUCUUAAUUUCCAGUAUUUCAACCUCAAUUUUGGAACCUGUCCAGACAUUCUUGACACCUAAAAACAUUAAUUACAAGCUUUCUUUCUUUCCAUUUACCCUCUAUUUUUCAUCUUUCACAAAAGCUAAGGCGAAUGUUUACAAUAUUUCGAGUUCAUCCUUCAUCGUUGUCGCUGUCAGAAGAAAUGUCAUCUCAGUUUUGGUCAGUUUUGAAUUUUUUUGCAUGCAGUGUUGAAAUAAAUGUGUUCCAGUUGUCACUACCAACUGUGUCUUAAUCGCGUUAAUUUCCUUUAUUAUGAAACUCUAACUCCUGUUUCGCGUUAAUUUUUUUUAUUCGAAAGUCGUUUUCCAUUAAAUUCGAGUUAAUUUAAGUCGCGUUAAUUUCCAAUACCUUAAUUUCAUGGAGCGUUAAUUUCCUAUAAUAAGGUAUAUGUAAACAGAAGCCCUAUCCGAUAUGGUUCUCGUGCCGGCGUAAGAGCUAUUCGGUAUAGUCUAAUAUAGUGUGAACAUAGCUUUAAAAUGAACGCUCAAGUCAGUCUCCUUCUUGAUACAAAAACAGACCUACUGGUGGUAACUGGCUUUGUUCACUCUUUCUUCCAGUGGUUACUCGCAGAUCGUGAAACAGAGUGUGGCUGCGUUACAUCGAGAGGAGGAGUCUCAACUUGACUGAUGUCCUGUUUCUUUUUUAAAAAUUUAAAACUUUUUGAGGUUGACAUAAAGUGCCGGAGCAAGUAAAGGAAGUUCCCGAAUGUCUGUGUUGUUAUCACGUUGUUGGUAUAGGAAGAAGAUAAGG